GCCAGAGCUGCUGCUCUUUAAACCUGAGCUGAUUACUUGGAGGGGAUUUAAACAGGGAGCAUGGUGGAAAGUGGCAACUGAGGAGGAACAGCUCAGAGAGGAAGGGGACCAGGGAGCCGGGAGACGGCUGGCAUCUGCUCAGAGAGGAACAGACAUCUGGAACUUGGAACAGGAGAGCUGUCAGGAGACACUACAUGAGAGACGUUAUAACACACAGAGAGAGAGAGAGAGCAGGUCCUGAAACUUGGGAGCAGAAGGACCAGCUAGAUGGUGCAACUUCAGAGCAGAGAGAUAGCAGGGUGCUGAGACUGAGAUAGCAGGGUCCUGAGACUAAGAGCAGAGAGAUAGCAGGGUGCUGAGACUGAGAGCAGAGAGAUAGCAGGGUGCUGAGACUGAAAGCACAGAGAUAGCAGGCUCCUGAGACUGAGAGCACAGAGAUAGCAGGGUGCUCAGACUGAGAGCACAGGGAUAGCAGGGUGCUGAGACUGAGAGCACAGAGAUAGCAGGGUGCUGAGACUGAGAGCACAGAGACAGCAGGGUGCUCAGACUGAGAGCACAGAGAUAGCAGGGUGCUGAGACUGAGAGCACAGAGAUAGCAGGCUGCUGAGACUGAGAGCACAGAGAUAGCAGGGUGCUCAGACUGAGAGCACAGAGAUAGUAGGGUGCUCAGACUGAGAGCAGAGACUGCAGGGUGCUGAGACUUGGGACCAGAGAUAGCAGGGUGCUGAGAGCAUAGAUAGCAGGGUGCUGAGACUGAGAUAGCCGGGUGCUGAGACUGGAAGCAGAGAGAUAGCAGGGUGCUCAGACUGAGAGCACAGAGAUAGUAGGGUGCUGAGACUUGGGACCAUAGAUAGCAGGGUUCUGAGAGCAGAGAUAGCAGGGUGCUGAGACUGGGAUAGCAGGGUGCUGAGACUUGGGACCAGAGAUACCAGGGUGCUGAGAGCAGAGGUAGCAAGGUGCUGAGACUGAGAGCAGAUAGUAGGGUGCUGAGACCAAGAUAGCAGGGUGCUGAGACCUCAAAGCAGAGAUAGCAGGGUGCUGAGACAUGAGACCACAGGUAACAGAGUGCUGAGGUUGAGAUAGCAGGGUGCUGAGACAGAGAGCAGAGAUAGCAGGGUACUGUGACUGAGAUAGCAGGGUGUUGAGACUGAGAGCAGAGUUAGCAGGGUGCUGAGACUGAGAUAGCAGGGUGCUGAGGUUGAGAUAGCAGGGUGCUGAGGUUGAGAACAGAUAUAGCAGGGUGCUGAGACUGAGAUAGCAGGGUGCUGAGACCUCAGAGCAGAGAUAGCAGGGUGCUGAGACUUGAGAGCACAGAUAGCAGGGUGCUGAGACAUGAGACCAUAGGUAACAGGUUGCUGAGACUGAGAGCAGAGAUAGCAGGGUGCUGAUAGCAGAGUGCUGAGACUGAGAGCAGAGAUAGCAGGGUGCUGAUAGCAGAGAUAACAGGGUGCUGAGACUGAGAGCAGAGAUAGCAGGGUGCUGAUAGCAGAGAUAGCAGGGUGCUGAGACUGAUAGCAGAGAUAGCAGGGUGCUGAGAGCAGAGGUAACAGAGUUCUGGGACUUGGCAGUAGUGAUAACAGGGUGCUGAGACUUGGUUAAACUGAUAGCAGGUGUUGAGAAUUUGGAGCAGAGAUAGCAGGGUGCUCAGACUUGGGACCAGAUAUAGCAGAGUGCUGAGAGCAGAGAUAGCAGGGUGCUGAGAGCAGAGAUAGCAGGGUGCCGAGUCUUGCGAGAAGCGAUAGCAGAGUCCUUGGACCUGGCAGUAGUGCUAACAGGGUGCUGAGACUUGGUAUUAGUGAUUACAGGGUGCAGUAAGUUGGAACAGAUAAAGCAGGGGGUGCUGUGAGCCAAUCCACCUGGAAGCACUUUUAUCCCAGUACUGAGAGGAGUGCCAUCUGGGAGCAGACACCAAGGUGUCAAGGCAGCUACUACUAGCAGAAUCCAACCAGGAACCACAGGUGAGUAGAUUAAUAAUGUUCUGUGCCCUUACCUCCCCCUUGCCCCCUUUUCACCUCUUCCUGUCUCCUGUCCAAUAUUUACAACUGGUGAUGAUCAAGACUUCUCAUAUCAAAUUGUUUUGCCAAAUUCUUUUUAUGUGAAAUCUGCUGGUUACAUUCAUCCUGUAAUUGUUACAAAGUUGCCCCCUCCUCUGGCAGUAGAAGUGCUGUGGGCAAACAAAUGAAAUGAGGAUUAUCCCCAAAUAGGAAACUAUGGAAAAAUAAAUUACAUUUUUUUUAUUUUUUAUAAUUCUUUAUUUUUGAACGUGCAUGAGAUUACAAUACCUCCUGCAUUGCCACAACAGCAAAUGCGAGGAUUUGCAGUACAUUCAAUGAUACAUGUAGGUUGACAUUGAGAACUGUUAGAGACAAUACUUUGCAUCAUUUGAGAGAACAGCACGAAAUUUUAUAUUUAAAGUAUGGUGACUAGUUAAACAUAACACUUGUUUGUCUGGGCAGAGAGUGUCUUAGUGACGAGUCGUGUUAGGCAAGUUAGUAAGAACGAUUAAGCCUCACAACACUGGUGGAGGAAAAACAUGAGUGACCAAAGUGAUGUAGUGGAGUAAUAUAGUGGCACCUUGUUAAAGGACCACUCUAGGCACCCAGACCACUUCAGCUUAAUGAAGUGGUCUGGGUGCCAGGUCCUUCUAGGGUUAACCCAUUUUUUCAUAAUGAAUGGGAUAAUGAAUGGGUUAAGCCUUCCCCCUAAUCCUCUAGUAGCUGUCUCAUUGACAGCCACUAGAGGCGCUUGCGUGCUUCUCACUGUGAAAAUCACAGUGAGAGCACGCCAGCGUCCAUAGGAAAGCAUUGUAAAUGCUUUCCUAUGAGACCGGCUGAAUGCGCGCGCAGCUCUUGCCGCGCGUGCGCAUUCAGCCGGCGGGGCGUAACGGAGGCGGAGAGGAGGAGGAGAGCUCUCCGCCCAGCGCUGAAAAAAGGUAAGUUUUUAACCCUUUCCCCCUUCCAGAGCCGGGCGGGAGGGGGUCCCUGAGGGUGGGGGCACCCUCAGGGCACUAUAGUGCCAGGAAAACGAGUAUGUUUUCCUGGCACUAUAGUGGUCCUUUAAGUUAUAUAUAUCCCGCAGGCUAAACAGGCUAGACAGUAAAAGUCUGGAGUGACUAGUGAAGGGAAGUAGCUAAAUUUGGUUAUAUACCUGAUGAUGGCAAUUUAAGCAAGGUAGGAGUAUAUACCCCUUGCGACUGCAUGGUUUUGUUUGGUUAUGGUCUGAGCAUUUUAGGAGUUCUGGCAGUGGGCUCCCCCUUUUUUUUUUUUUUUUUUCUUCCCCGUUUUUUUUCGUUUCCCUUUCCCUUUCUUUUCGCACAAUUUUAGCUUAUAAACAGCAUUGAGGUUGUACGUAAAUUGGGCAGUGGCAUGAGAAAUGCACAGUGUUAUCCGUAUAGUUAUGCCAAUCAUCAGCCUGGCUAUCCCGUUUUGUCAUUAGAAUAUAGCGCAAAGAUAAGUUUAAAGGUAAACUCAGACAGGUUUAGUAAAAUGAGAGUAGUAAUCUGGCUAUACAUGCUGCUUGAAACAAUUGAGCUUGUGUUCCUAUUACUAUUUGUGGUCAGACAUUGCAAGCAGUCAAUAUUGAUAUAAGAUGGCUAGUCCUGUCCCACUGCCUGGCUACGGGCCAGCAGAGCCUAUGAGGCAUCCAAACAGGGUGGGGGCACGUAAUGAGACUAGUACAAUUGUACAUUAAUAGUUACGCAGGAGUUAACUUGAGGUAACCAUGAGAUAUAAGGUAUGAACCAGUGAUCACAGGCUAAGCUAAGAUGUCUGUGCAAUAUUCAGACGUUUUGCGUGCUAAACAUAAAUUAUAGCAUGGCUCAGUGGUGAAAUUUAGGUACUCACCGUAGAACCAAAAAAAACAAUUAACAUAAAACAAGAACAAUAAUAACCAUUGGGUGAUAAAUUACAUUUUAACUUAAAAUUGCACAAAAAAUAAAAAUUAUUAUUUUUUAAAAUAAUUUUUCCCAGUUUAGUGACUGAUGUAUAGUGUCUGUGUUUCUUUUCCAUCUCCGAUGUCUUUUCACCUGUUUGUAAGAUCUGGAUUUACCCCUGAGACCCUGUCUGUUUUAGUAUAAAUCGCCUUAUUUUAUAUUAUCAUUACGUAUAAGGAUUAUGACAUACAUAAGUUUAUGAAAGAUAAAUUAACUACUUGCGUAAGGAUUUAAUUCCAUUCUGAAUAGCGAUUUCUGUGAAGCUACCAUUGUCUAGCAGUAAUAAUAAAAUACACUAUUUAAUCUACAAUGCAUACAAAGCUGAUUAUUUCUAGCAAGCAGUAACUGACCGGACAGUGUAAUAUGAUGCAUAUUACUGGCCUCUGAAGAAAUAAGCAGAUUGCAGCCUUAUAACCCUGGGGGGUUAUUAACAAAAUGCCCAAUUGUAGUGAACUAAAAACCAACUCCGGUGUAUUCACAGCUUAGCUAAGUUAAAUGUGCAGAGGAUUUAAGCAAAGAGCAUUUUGUGAAAAAAAAUAAAAUUGGGGGGGCGGGGGUGAAUACAAAGAGCGAUUGGCGGACGCUCUCAGCCAAUGAGUGCGGUCCUGCAUGGCUCUUUUUAGCUUUGAGAACCCAACUCUUCUUCAAAAGCAGACUCUCAGAAGCAAGCUGUGGGCCCCUGGGGGACUGUCCUAAAGCACUUUGACGAAUUGCACUGAGACAGUGCCGAGACAUUGCUGGCAUCACAAAAUAGUGGUUAUGGCGUUUGUAGUGUUCCUAUUGUAAUAAUGUAUUUAAUCAGGGAACAUAAUAAUAAAUUAUUUAACCAGGAAAGGUACAUUCAGAUUACUCUGGUUUUCAAGUACAUCCUGGGGAUGUUACCUUAGCCCAACAACCAGGGGUUGUUACUAUUACCCAAUUUAAUGGUUCUCAUUCUAUCUACCUCAGAAGGAUGAAGGGCUUAGUCAUCCCUGUCAGGAUUUGAACCUGCAACUCAAGGGUUGGACAGAUUCUAUUAAUGAUGCAUUAGCUCACUAAACUAUCUCACUGGCUACAAUCAGCCAUUUGUUAUUAUAAUCAAUUUAAUAGCGCUCGUUUUAUAGACAUUGCCAACUCAUACAGAGAAAUGUGACCAAAUAAAUGAAAGGACCACUACUAAAGUCACACAGGCCACAUCAUCUUAAUAACGUUGCCGUUGUGCAGUGCUCCUGUCAGUUGAAGCAUUGAAGGUAAAACAUUGCCAUUUUGCAGAAACGGCAAUGUUUACCGUGAGAGGUUAAACACAUCUCCAGUGGCUGUUACAUUGACGUAGAACUCAUUCAUGCGAUGUGAAAGAUCCCAUAAGAAAACAUUGGUUCCUUCCUAUGGGGAUGUUUGGAUGUGCAACGUGGUCCCCAGUGCUCCUUUGUGAGGAACAUGGGAUUGGCUAUACCUUCUCCAACGCGUCACAAGAGGUGGAGAGGAAAGCAGUGCCGAGGGAAAAAUGUAACAAAAAAAAAGAUUUAACCUUAUUUUUUUUAUUUGUUGUUUUGUUUUUAUAAUUAACUCCAAGUAUAUUGUUUGGUUAUUUUCCUAUAUGUUUAUUAGAAAAAAAUUUUUUUAGAAGACAUACAAGCAUGUGACAUCUGAGUUAACAUAUAGUACAAAACUGGACAUUGCGAAAGUAAAAGCCAAAGUAAACAGUUUACUGAGAGAAGUUGCUAUCUGUUCGACCACAUGAAGCAGCUCUGUUGGAGUUGAGGAUGUGUCUAAUAGCUUCAUUAAGAAGGUUUUCACAAUAUCACUUCCUCAAUGUGUAAUAUCUAUAAACAGUCAUAUCUGUCGCAUAUAGAGCCUGAUUAAUGAAUUUUAAGUCAAAACAGAAAGGGGAAGGGAAAAAAACAAGAUAAAUUAACCAGGAAAGGUUGUGGUGGGCGAGGUUAGCCCUUUAACUGUGUUCUCCAGCCAAAAACGGUGUAUUAUGAAAAGCCUGUUUUGUUGCUGGAGUAACCCUUUAACUCUUUAAAUAUGAAAUGUACUUUUACUUCCCUUUGAAAUCCUGACAACUUUUACUUUAGUGCAGGCUUCCCCAAACUCCGGCCCUCCAGAUGCUGCUGAACUACAAGUCCCAUGAUUCUAUGAAUAAAAUAGAUAGGCUGAGAAUCAUGUAGUAGUUCAGCAACAUCUGGAGGGCCAGAGUUUGGGGAAGCCUGAUUUAGUGAUUAAGCCUGAGUGAAUUCAAAGUGUUUUUUUAUACUUAAGACUAAUGUUGCCAAAAUGGAGACAUUUCUCCCAGUCAGUCAUGCUUACACUACUUUGGCCUUACAUUUUAAAUUGACAUUUCUCAAUGAAUAGCAGUUUUGUCUUUACCAGAGGCAUCACUAAGUGUGUGUCUGUGUGUCCCUGUCUGUGUCUGUAAGUAACUGUGAGUGUGCAAAGAGGCGUGUUAAAGGACCACUAUAGUGCCAGGAAAACAUACUCGUUUUCCUGGCACUAUAGUGCCCUGAGGGUGCCCCCACCCUCAGGGUCCCCCAUCCGCCCGGCUCUGUAAAGGGGAAAAGGGGUAAAACGUACCUUUUUCCAGCGCUGGGCGGGGAGCUCUCCUCCUCCGAUCCUCCCCCUCUCCUCCCUGUCGGCUGAAUGCGCACGCGCGGCAAGAGCUGCGCGCGCAUUCAGCCGGUCACAUAGGAAAACAUUAUCAAUGCUCACUGUGAUUUUCACAGUGAGAAUCACGCAAGCGCCUCUAGCGGCUGUCAAUGAGACAGCCACUAGAGGCUUUGGGGGAAGGAUUAACCCAUUUAUAAACAUAGCAGUUUCUCUGAAACUGCUAUGUUUAUAAAAAUAUGGGUUAACCCUAGAGGGACCUGGCACCCAGGCCACUUCAUUAAGCUGAAGUGGUCUGGGUGCCUAGAGUGGUCUUUUAAGCAGUAGAAUUGGGGCAGGAGUUAGGGAGGGGCCAGGAGUGGGGCUUUAGAAAGGGGUCACCAAAUUAUUUUUGGCCUCAGACCCUGGGUAUUUUUUGCAUGUAUUUCUGUACAUUGAUUACAUUUUUGGAAAUUUUUUACCAUUUUUGGGGUUUGUAUAAAUGUAUUCUAAUACUCUGUGCUAAUAGUAACAGUGUCAUUUUUGGAACUUUGUCUGUUUUACUGACACGAUUUGCCAUGCUUUAUUGCUUAUUUUGUAAUAAAUAUAUAAUUUCUGUGCUUGGAUUACAUUAGAUUGGUUUUCUAUGUUUGCCAAGAAUUGAAGCUGUGAUUUUAAGAAAUUACAGCUGGUGCCCUGUCUAUUGAGCUAUAUUAAUAUAAGAAUGACAUAUUAGACCAGACGGAUACUUUAAAAUACGAGUAUGUAUAUUGUAUAUACUCUUUUGCCAACAAGAACAAAAACAUGAUUUAUCUAAGCUGUUAAUUUUCCUUUUUUUUCUACAAAUUUUAGGUUAGUAUUGAUGAAAUUGAAUAAUUCUGCAGUUUAGUUAGUAUAUAUAGCAUAGCCCACAAAUUUAGAAGGGACAGUCCUUUUUUUGUACCCAAAUCUCUCUGUCCCUCUAUUUUAUUGUAGUGUACCUCUUUUCUAAAAAAAAAAGCAUAUUUUUGGUUUGUCUUGCGUGUGUAGCAGAACUCCAAAGCAAUAAUUCUUACAGUAAUGUGUCUCUAAAGGAACACUAAAGGGUCAGGAACACAAACAUGUAUUCUGGGCCCUGUAGUGUUAAAAAUACACGUAGGGUCCCUGCACCCUCUCCCCCCCUUGCAACCCCUAAAUAAGUCAUAACUCAUAUUUAUUCUCUGAAAAGGCAGUGUUUACUACAAAUAGCCUGCAGGGACAUGUCUCUAAACUGUAGUUGUUCUUGUGACUAUAGUGUCCCUUUAAACUGUAAUUCAUUUAGAAAUCAGUCUAUGUAAAUAAGAUACAUUGUUAUUGUUCUAAAUUAACUUUUAGUUGCAUAAAUUGUUAUUAGUAAGUCACCUACAAUUUCAUAGAACAGCCUGCCCCUGAUCACUCCCCCACUCCCCCCCAAUCAGCCCACUAAAAUUAAAGGGUCUAUUUAAAAUGUUGGGGGUAGACAAAAAUUGGCCAUUGGGCACACCAGGUGGGCUGGGAUUGUCGUGGGCUGAGGCCAAAAGGAAAUUAAUUGUAUUUUUAUAAAAAUAAUCAUUUGAAAUAAAUAAAUAAAUAUAUAUCUAUAUAUACACAGUAUACCGGUAUAUACUAAGUCCGAUGAUGUGUGUUUUGUGGACUUUAUUUACAUAACAGGUAGGUUGUCGUUUCAGACCUUUAACGGAAAGUCAGGAAAAUAAAAUGUUAAACUACCUGUUAUGUGACAUGGGGAUAUGUGCACCGUGACAGUAUUUUAUGGUGGGGAUGUCGAGUACACUCAGGAGUGUGUAUAUAUAUAUAUAUAAACAGUAAUUACUACCCUCUCAACCCCCCCAUUCCACACAGGGCCGUCUUUAAUAUGGAUUGGACCCUGGGCAAACAUUUGCUUGGGCCCCCUGAACCCGGUCGUCCCCUCCCUGGCAUGCAAUCAUGCCGCCCACCCCAACGCAGAGGCGUACGUAAAGUAGAGAGGGCUCUGGUGCAUGAAUUAUUUUGGGCAAGAGGGGGCAAAAGGUAGAUCCCCAUCUGUCAUGCAACUCCAACAAUGCUUUGACAGCUGGGGCGCUACCAUUUUCCUAUGCAUGCAGGGUUAUAUUUAGCACUGAGCAGUAUUUGUGUGUUUGAGUGUAAGCAUGUUUUUGUAUGGAGUAUGUUUGUGUGAAUGUAGGGGUGUGUUUGUAUGUGGAGAUGGCAUUUAAAUGCAAGUAUGCAUUUAUGUGUAGUGUUGGUUUAUGAAUACACUGGUGUGUUUAUAUAUAAUUUUGUUGUUUAAAAAAAGAGGUGUGUUUAUAUGUAGUGUUGAAGUUUGAAUGCAGGUGUGUAUUUGCGUGUAGUGUUGAAUGCUGAGAUGUAUGCACAAAUACACAUGCACUGUCACAAACACACACACACACACACACUGUGAUACACAUACACACACAGAAACACUUGCAGAUACACAGAUAUACACAAUCAUACAGAUGCAGCUAUACAGACACAUUUACACACACUGACACACACACAUACAGACACACAACCUGGCACACAUGCAGACACACAGAUGCACACACGCAUACACACGCAGAUACACUGACAACAUACAGAUACACAGACACACACAAUGACAACAUACAGACACACAGAUACAUAACCUGACAAAUGCAGAUACAAACACUGACACACAUGCAGAUACACACAUUGGCUACAUGCAGAUACACACAUUGGCUACAUACAGAUACAUGCACAGGUAUACACACUGGCACACACACACAGAUACAUACAUACUGACAACAUACAGAUACACACUGACACACACACACACAUUGUGACAGACAUACAUACUGACACAUACACAGACAUACUGACUGGCACACCGACAUACAUACUGACACACACACAGACAUACAUACUGACACACACAUAGACAUACAAACUGACACACACACAGACAUACAAACUGACACACAGACAGACAUACAAACUGACACAUACAUACUGACACUCACACAGACAUACUGACACACACAAAGACAUACAUACUGACACACACACAGACAUACAUACUGACACGCACACAGACAUACAUACUGACACACACACAGACAUACAAACUGACACACAGACAUAUACUGACUGACACAUACAUACUGACACUCACACAUACAUACUGACACACACAAAGACAUACAUACCGACACACACAUAGACAUACAAACUGACGCACACACAGACAUACAAACUGACACACAGACAUAUACUGACUGACACAUACAUACUGACACUCACACAGACAUACUGACACACACAAAGACAUACAUACUGACACACACACAUACAUACAAACUGACACACAGACAGACAUACAAACUGACACACACACAUACAUACAAACUGACACACACACAGACAGACACUCUUCAGUUUCCUACCUUUGAAAGAGGCUUCCUUCCCUGGGGUCCAGUGUGCUGGCUGGGGUAGUUGGGAGUUGGGGGUCUGGCUCUUCUUGCUCCCUCUCCUCACUGGAUGCUGGCUCAGCAGCCUCCCGCACGGCCCGAUAUCUUUGAAGUUGGAGGAAGUGAUUCGCGGACGUCACUUCCUCCCAUGCAGCCGUUAAGCAAGGACCCGGUCGCGCUGUUAAAGGGCCACAGCGCCGACCGGACCUCUGCUGGAACAUGCUCACUGGGUGGCCCUAAAGGUAUGGGCCACCCGGGGGGGCCCCUUAGUGUGCGGGCCCCGGUGCAGCCGCAGUACUAGCGCCACGGGCCCAUUAGGUAGGGAAAUAUUUUUUACAAAUUAAUUUUUAUUGCAGGCGACGGGGCCCACGGGGCAGCUGCUUUGGGCCCCCCAUGAGUAACUGGGCCCAGGGCAGCUGCCCCGUUUGCCCCUCCUUAAAGACGGCCCUGAUUCCACACACAAUACAGGCCCUAUCCCACCCAACAUAUUUACACACACUGCACCCCUCACAAAUGCUGGAACCCAUACACACACACUAAAUCCCCUAUAGAGACACACUGCACCCCCCUCACAAACACACACUACAUUCCCUACACACAUUACAUCCCCUAUAUAUUAUCUCGAUCAACCAUACACUUACUAGAUUCAUAGACACACACAUCCCUUUUACACAAACACACACUCUGCAGGUCAUGUGCACACACUUGCUAUGUCCUCUAAACACACACUAUACUCCCAGUACACACAUUCUCCUUAUAGCCCCAUAGACAUGCACACUACAGCUCCUAGCCACACACCACAAACACAACACAACACGACACAACACAACUGAAACCGAACUAUUUAUACAAAACAACCACAUCACAAGCAGCCUCCAAACACAUGCACAACAUGCUUUCCUGGACCCUUUGGUACCCAGCUUAUGGAAACACAGGAGACAAGUCACAGGAAAAUGCAGCACAAGCGUAUCAUUAAAUUUGCUUGCUUUGAGCAGAACAAAUACAGGGCCUUUUUUCCAUGAGAGAGCUCUUCAGGAGCGCUCUGCACAUGGACUGCCCCAAAAGAGCAUUAAACAAACAUGUCAUAUCGUACCUCCCAACCAGGACUGGACUGGGAAACAAAUGACCUGGGCAUAUUCAAAUCAGAGAGGCUCAGUGGUGGAGCCAAAGAGGCUCAGUGGUGGAGCCAGAGAGGGGGCUUGUAGUAUACUCACCAAUGACAAGCCCGUCUCCCCCAAAGUGGCAUGUUAGUUUUAUUUGAACAGUGGUGUAAUAUACAUGGGUUUACUUAGAUAGAAGUAAAGCUAUCAGACAGUUGUGCAUUUGGGAGAUAUAAUCCUUGGGUGUUAUUUGCUAAACUGUGCAAGGAAAAUUUUAUGCCAAAUUAACCGGGCAGGAAAAAACACUUAAAGUUACUUUCCUUCUGACUAUUUAGGCCCCCAAAAUUUGUCAUUUCCAUCUCAGUUCUCCACAAUUUACAGUUUAUUGAAUAACCCCAUAGGUGUAUUUUAUUAUUUUGGUUUCCUGCCGAGGCUCCUACAGAGUGUUAAUCUGGGUCUAUGUGUAUUAAUCACUAAAAAGGUCAACUUCGUAGAAAAUCUCAUAUUUUAGGUUAAAUAGCAGCUGGAAACUGAGCUGAGUUGGUGGAUUUUUCAAGUUUCCUUAUUUUGGCCUAAAUUGAUAGACAUGGAUCCAAGAUGGCGGUCCACACUUUCAAGAUAUAAAACAUAUGGGAUAAUUCAACAUGUUUAAAAAUCCCUGACUGUUCCCCUUUAAAACAAAAUCCUGUUGUGAUACAGUUAAUAUUAUUAUGUUUUAUUUGCACGUUUGGAUUAUUGGUUGCCCUUCAACUAUUGUACUAAAAACUCCCGUCUGACUUAGCAGUGUGCGAUAAAUAAUUUAUCUUAGUGAUUAAUAACAAUGCAGAAUUCUUGUGUGUCACGGAGUUUGUGAUGUGAAGAUGUGAUAUUUUAAGAUUCUAUACAGAAGCUCAGAGCAGAGAUACAUUGACAGUGUACAGUCUGUAAACUUGCACAGAUCCACAUUGGUGCCUUUAUAACUGUUAAUUAGAAACACUGUUUCUACAGAUAUUUUCUGCUGUGUUCUAUCAUAGAAUGUGUACUAGAACAUGCAGAAAGUGUAAGGUUUUGUGGCGCAUCAAAGAUUAACCCUUAGGAAUAUACGCAAUGAGAUGAAUUUCAAUAAAUCAUAAAGGGUUAAUGCUAAGCUACGUCACCUUUAAGCGCAGAAUUUUCAGGUGUGUUUAGCUCUGUCCCCCCAAAAAAUUCUCUGUCUCUUGCUCCAUGAGUUGGUGGAAACACAAGAAAGUCAGUAAUUACAUAUCUCUGCAAAUUAAAAAAAAAAAAACAUACCCCAUGUAAAUGUAAAAAUAUAUCAAAUUCUAUUUAGAAAUGAGAAAGUGCACAUUUGUAGGCAGCUGCCUACUCUGCCUGCUGGUCAUUGUAGUUAGACACAGGGCUGAGUCACAUGACAAGCGCUUGUGAUGGCUCUGUAAACACGCUGAAGGCUUGUGAUGAUUGCAGAGCCCAGGUCGUUGCUAUUAGUAUUAUAUCUAUAGCAGCUGUGCAAUGGGGAAAUUCACAUAUUGUGACAUAUUGAUAUAGACAGAGACAGAUGGUGUGGGUAGCGCUGUUUUCUGACCCCCCACCCCUUCAACCUCUGCAGCAAUGCUGGCAGCCCUCAUACGUCUAUUUCAGACAACCUCUGGAUAUGAGGCUGAGCACGUGCACUCAACUUCUUUGAUCGACCAUAGCGAGGCCUGUUCUGAGUGGAACCUGUCCUAUGAAUCCGCUGUAUGGUCUUGCCCACCGUGCUGCAGCUCAGUUUCAGGGUCUUGACAAUCUUCUUAUAGUCUAGGCCAGGGGUAGGCAACCUACGGCACUAGUGCCAUGCAUGGCACUUGAGGUGUCUUUGCACGACACUCAGGGCUGCUAGAGCCAAACAGGUUCUGGUCUAUCAGGAGUCCCAGGUAAAUUUCAGAUAUCUGCUAAUACAAAGAGGUGGUGAAGGGAAAUCCUUAAUUUAUGCAUUGCAGCACGUAGAGGAAGUUAUCUCAGAUCACUUAAUUCCAGCACUUGUGAAUGGGAAUCCACACUGGAAUAGAGCAGCCCGCAAGUGCUGUUGCAGCUCCUGUCCUUGAGCUGUACCUGGCCAGCCUGGUCCCCACUGGAACACAGGGAAGCCACCCACACUGCUUGAUAUACACAGAAAUGCAGAAUAACCCUCCCCUCAUACAAAUAAUACGGACAGCCCACACACAAACAUACACACAAUCCACACAAACUGAACACCACUGACAAUCCACAUACAUGCACACAACCCCACAUGCAGCAUCUCACAUGCAAUACCCCAAACAGCCUAACAAUACCACAAAAUACUCAUAAACAUAUACAAUAUAAUAGCUCAUAUACACACAAAUACAAUGAUACAAAGCAACUACAGUAUACGUAACAAGUAGAAUACAGCAACAUACACACCUCAAUUUAAAAAAAUAGGACUGGCACGCUACAGGACAUCACAAUCCUAUUUCGGCACAGUGCUGCUAAAAGGUUGCCUACCCCUGGUCUAGGCCAUGGAUAGGCAACCUUUGGCACUCCAAAUGUUAUGGACUACAUCCCAUAGUGCUGGCAAAGCAUCAUGGGAGGUGUAGUCCAAAACAUCUGGAGUGCCGAAGGUUGCCUAUGCCUGGCCCAGGCCAUCUUUAUGUAGAGCAACAAUUCUUUUUUUCAGAUCCUCAGAGAGUUCUUUGCCAUGAGGCGCCGUGUUGAACUUCCAGUGACCAGUAUGAGAGAGUGUGAGAGCGAUAACCCCAAAUUUAACACACCUGCUCCCCAUUCAAACCUGGGACCUUGUAACACUAACAAGUCACAUGACACCGGGGAGGGAAAAUUGAUAAUUGAUAACUUUUAUUGCCAACGGUUUAGACAUUCAUGGCUGCGUGUUGAGUUAUUUUGAGGGGACAGCAAAUUUACACUGUUAUACAGGCUGUACACUUACUACUUUACAUUGUAGCAAAGUGUCAUUUCUUCAGUGUUGUCACAUGAAAAGAUAUAAUAAAAAAUUUACAAAAAUGUGAGGGGUGUACUUACUUUUGGGAGAUACUGUAUAUACUGUGUGUAAAGCUCUGUAUACAUGGUGCUUGUAUACUAGCUAUGAAUGUAUUUGUGUGUACUGCUGCCAUUGGAAUGCAGUGGUGUAUUUGUGUGUAGUGUUUGCAUUUGAAUGCAGGGGUGUGUUUGUAUGUAGUGAUGGCUUUUAAAUGCGGGUUUUGUGUUUGAAUGAAGAGGCGUGUUUGUAUAUAAUUUUGGAGUUGGAAUGCAGGGGUGUGUUUGUAUAUAAUGUUUGUGUUUGAUUGCAGGGGUGUGUUUGCAUGUAGUGUUGGCAUCUGUAUGUGGCAGUGUAUGUGUGUAAGUGCAUAUAUCCCAGCAAUCAAACACAGAUAUACACACACAUUAACACACACAGAUACACACUUCUAAACACACACACACAUUCAGAUACACACUGAAACAUAAACACAAAGAUACACACAAUGACACAUACACACCCUCAGAUACACACACUGACAAAGAAACUCACACUGACACCUACACAUACUCUGACACAGAUACCCACUGACAUAUAUAAACACACCUUGACACAGAUACACAUACACACACCCUAACACACAGAUGCACAUGCUGACACAUACACACACCCUAACACACAGAUAAACAUGCUGACACAUACACACACUCUAAAAUACAGACGCAUGUGCUGACACAUACACACACCCUAACACACAGAUACACAUGCUGACAUAUACACACACCCUAACACACAGAUACACAUGCUGACACAUACACACACUCUGACACACAGACACACACUCUGACACACAGAUACACACACUGACACAUACACACACUGACACACAGAUAUACACACUUACACAUACACACGCUCUGAAACAGAUACACAUGCUGACACAUACACACACUGUGACACACAGAUACACACACUGACAUAUACACACACUCUGACACACAGAUACACAUGCUGACACAUACACACCCUCUGAUACAGAUACACACACUCACACACCUUGAUACACACUUAUACAUACACACAAACUGAUAUACACAUACAGUUGCAAGAAAAAGUAUGUGAACCCUUUGGAAUGAUAUGGAUUUCUGCACAAAUUGGCCAUAAAAUGUGAUUUGAUCAUCAAGUCACAACAAUAGACAAUCACAGUCUGCUUAAACUAAUAACACACAAAGAAUGAAAUGUUGCCAUGUUUUUAUUGAACACACCAUGUAAACAUUCACAGUGCAGGUGAAACAAAGGAUCCAAGAUGGCCGACCGCCUGGUGGUCAGUAGCCGAACGACGCCACCUAGGAAAGUCUUUAACUACCGAUUGCAACAAUGUUGCAAUCGGUUAAUGAGUCCCACACGUCUCUCUAUGUGUGGGCUAUUGGGGGGUAGCUCAUUCGUUUCACAAACAGCCGGUAAAGUCGCUGUUCGUGAAUCAGGAAAAAGAGGUGUGACCGGAAGUUACCACCAACUAGCCUGGAACUAUUAUUCGGAUCUAGCGAACACCACGAUCCGGUAAAACUUUAACCAGUGCUCUUUUUGGUCCUGGCCCACAGAUAAUGGUGCUAUUUGGAGGGACCAUAAAGGAGUCUGAGAGGCAUUUAAAGACACCAAGCUUGUGGAGGAGCCCACUAUAUUAUCCGAAAGCGCCACGGUUAACGAUGACCGAGGAAACCCACCCAGGUCACUGGAACUCUGUGCUGAAUCGGGGCUGCCCGUGUACCACUGAACUUUAACCUUCCAUGUAAUUCGGGCUAGCCAAAAUCGAUCCAUGAGCUUUUUGGACACUUUGGGCGCUGCAAAGAGAACUUCCGGGGAUGUGGGACAUGGAGCGAUUCAUAUAUGUUUUGUGAAUAUUUUUGAUAUUUGUGUGAUUUUAUGCUGAGUCAUGCUGACACUGUACUUUAUAAGCAUAUUGUGGACGUGUUUACUGUACCCUUGAAAUGUAUAUAAAUGGGCCAUCUGGCCGGAAUAAAACAGAUCUUCGUCACCCUUCACUAAGUCUCGACUAGUGUUUGGGUGAUACCGCGGUUACCUCCUGCAAGCAGCUAUAAUCACUCUGGAGCUAAUCACAAUGGGAAGGGGCAACCUAGGCGGUAGAAACCCAUCUUCAGGGGGGUAUUCCACCACAGUCAGGACAGUUAUAUUUUACUGUGUGCCUUUCAGAGGCUGGAAAAGAAGGUUUUGUGAAAAUGUGGAAUAAAACAGACAUAUUAAUUUAUUCAUUCAACUUUUAAAUGAUAAAUUAUGCAUUUUAAAUUUAUCUGUUUGUUGGAAUGAUAUACCCAGCUUAAAGCAGAUCUAUCAUGUGAUAUCAAAGCCUGAUUGGGACAGAAAAUCAGCCUGGGCACCUUUGUACCCAGUCUGGCUGGCCCACCUCCACCUUCCCUACCAACAGUCUCUCCCCACUGCCUCUGCUUGUUGGCCAUGACGUGUGGGACUACAGAAGCCAAUGCUGCUACCCUGUAUGGGUCACUAAUAAUUCAGUCCUGGGGCAAGUAUCAGCAAAGACCUAUUUUACUCACCUCACAUUGUGGCCAACAAGUGGCAACAUGGGGCAGGGGAGGAAACUGCAGCCAAUACAUAUAUAACGUAGCGGACGCCCUGAUUCACAGGGACGGCUGGAUAGAUCAUCUAGUCUCCCCAGUCUGGCUUCCAUCCAUGAUCAUUGUGUCCUUUUGGACAUUUGCCAAGUUUGCCCAAGAAACUGUCUGAUACAUUAAUACUAGACAUUAAUGCUACAUCCACCAUAAUUUCCUAGAUACAUGCGUACAGGCAGGGAAAACUCCUGUGGUAUAUAGUAUUCAUAUUCUGCAAAAGUGAAUUUAUUUCCUUCCUGCAAUAAAUGAACAUAUUUCAGGCAGUCAUUUAUAUGUACAGGUGAUAUGUAUCCAGGAAAACCUGCUGUAUCAAAGCAACCCUGGAUGUACUUAGAUGACCCAUCCCUUCUGGAUAGAAGCUAUAUACUAGCGUGCUCCUCAGUACACAGGUAGUGUGUGUAGUCACUCAGGUAACAGUUGUUACAUUAUAACCCAUGAGAACUGAGAGCUUUUUUUAAUGUAAACGUAUUGUCUGGGGAUUUAUUCACUAAACAGCGAGGGGACGGGAGACUUACACAAUUUAGAUCAAAGAAGCAGACUUAGAAAAUAUGUUAGUCUGAAAUGCAGAUUUAUUGAAUAGUUCUUAUCACUUAUGUGAAUAAAUGUGUAUUGAUAGUGGAAUUAGAACUACAACAUUUCAAAGGAAAAACAGUGUAGACUGUAAGUCACCAAAGCAAAUUUCAGUACAAGAAAAAUACGGUCUAUCAGAAUCCAUAUAGGGGGAAAAAUCAAUAGAGAAUAUUAGUCUCUUAUUAUUCCUUAAGAAUCCGCUGUAGGUUGGAACAAACAUCAAACUGAGUACAAAUCAUAGGAAGGCUGGGCAUGAAAAGGCUGAUUGCCACUGCUAAAGAAGUACUAAAACCUGUGCAUUUAACCAGGGGUCGUGAGGCCUAUGGAUCAAGUCUCCGAUGGGCAGUAAUGGCUCAAGCAAGAUGUAAUGGUUUAUAUUGCAUAGGUUGUGCCUUUAACCAUCCACUUCCUGCAAGUGUGGCUGAGUUAUUGCCAGAAUUUGUUAGACUUUAAUAUGUGUUGAGUAACAAAAACCUAUAAUUCUUGAAGCAUUCCUUGCAUACACCUGCCUGCCCACUCCUGGACAUCCACAGCGUGCAAUCUUCCUCCUGGAUGUGGGACAGGGUUUUGCCCAGGGAGGGCAUCAGAUGAAUCCAGACCAUAGCCCAGGAUUGCCAACCUUUUCCCAUAUUUGGGUAAUGUGUGAGGGGACCUAACUGUUUAAUGUGUUUUGCCUUGGGCUAAUAUUAUUCUCCUUAACCAUCUCGCUAAUUGCUCUGUCGCUGGGGGGGUCCUCCUAGGGGGAAAAAUCUAGAGAGGUCUGUUAAUAUCACUCUGGUUCUAACACUGAUCAAUCUACGAUGACCAAGCUUAGUUCAUAUUGUUUGUAUAUUCCCUGUCUUUACAGUUACCUACUCUACAUUGUGUUAGUCGUUUUGCGUUUCCUAAUUCCUUACCACUAGACUGACCACUAAAUAAAAAAAAAAAGAGCAGCACUGAGGACUCAGGAAGGCGAUGGUCCAGAAAUAGCGAAGGAAGCCGAGAAGUAACUCAGCCAGGUAGCCCAUCAGGUUUCAUACAAUUCCCUCAAUAAACAGUUUUCGGCAGUGCCACUGCUUUCCCAACAAGUGUAAUGGAAGCCCUUUUUACACUCUAACGAAACCACCUUGCAGAAUUUAUAUUGCUAUAUAUUGUUUUACAGAGCUAAUUUUUCAGAUAAGCAAUAGGUUGCCAAGCUAAUGUCAUUUAUAUAUUGGGUCACUGUCAAAAAAGGUUAAGAACCCCUGCACUGUACCAUCAGAAAUGCUGUUUUUUUUUUGGUAAAUAUAUUUUUAUUUGAAUUUUUCAAGAUUUUCAUGAGGUGAGCCAACAGUGUGGACACGCAGGUCCAAACAUUUACAAUUUCCGUUUUUUUUUUUUUAGAUAUACGGUGUUACCUUGUAAACUAUAGUGGCAUACAAGUCACUUUUGAGCUUUUGUGGUUCUUUUUCGGUGGACUCGCAGGUCCUUUCGCAUAAACAAUAAGACAGGCAUAGCUCUAUAGAUCCCAGUGUGUUUAACCUGUCUGGUUCUAGUAGUCUUAAUGGGAUUCUUUGUUGGUGUUUUGUGUGUUAAGGGUAGGUGUUGUUUACUGUGAGGGGGGGGGAGAGAUGGUGUGAUCUCCCUUCUGAGGUCUGUUGGCAGUGAUAACUGUAUUUAACGGUCUGUGUCUUGUGAACCCUUAUCAUUGUCUGCCUGCCUCUUGCAUGUGGUAACCUUCUUUGCGGUCGCGGGGUUACCUAUCAGGUGUCCCUUUCCUCUCUGAUGCAGAUGUGUUUACUUUUCCCUCCUUUCUCCCUAGCUUAUGUUUUAUGUUCCCUAUUUUCCAUGCUCGAGCCUGCCUAUCUGUGGUGUCUCGACUUCUACUCUCAUCUUAAGUGCGUCUCCGCUCUCCGGCCCACUGGGGGGGGGGAGGGGAGAGGGGAGAAUGGGGAGGAGUUCCUCCAUGCGUUGGUACCAUGUUCCCAGUGGUGGUGCGGAUUGUUUUUUCCAGUAAAUGGGGAUGAGGCUGUUAGCCACAUUAAGUAUUCUAAUUGUGAGGGAUUUUUUGUAUAUUGAUGUCUUUGUCGUGGUGUGGUGGAUGAGGAACGUUGCAGGGUCCUUCGGUGGUGGGGUAUCAGUGAACCUCUUGAUGAUUUUAUAUAUUAUCUCCCAAUAUGGUUGGAUGAGUGGGCAUUCCCACCAUAUGUGGAAGUAGGUGCCUGCGUGUCUUGUGCAUCUCCAGCAUGUGUCGUCAGUCAUGGGGUCAUAUAUGUGUGUUUGAUAUAGGGUGCAGUACCAGUGUGCUAGUAUUUUGUAGGCUGUUUCCUGCGUCCCGCUUGACGGUGCGCAGUGUAGUGUGAGAGUACACAUCUUGUCCCAUUGGUCAGGUGUGAAGGUUGUGCCUAGUGCUACUUCCCAUUUCCCCAUGAAGCUUGGGGGUGGUUGUCUCUGCAUCCGCAUGAGCAUGCCAUAGAGCGUGGAGAGUCUUUUUGCUAGGGGGUCUGGGUUCAUACAAGUUUCUUCAAAUGUUGUUAGUGGUCUGCUGGUGUUGUGUGUUUGGAGUAUUGUUUGUGUGAACUCUUUCAGUUGUCGGUACCUAAACUGUAGCAUGAAUGGAUUGUUAGUGUUCCCUGUCAUGGUUUCUAGGGUCUUGAGUUGGCCGUUGGUGGUGGCGUGGUAUAUUCUUGGGACUUCGUGUCCCAAGAGGCGGGCUAGUGUCCUUGGUUCCCUCCCUGGUGGGAAGGUCUCGUUAUGGACCAGUGGGAGCAGUGGGGAUGGUGUGGUGGUGAGUGACAGUGGCGUGGCCACUGUGUGCCACACCUGCAUAGUUGCCUUGAUAAGGGGGUGUGGGGCCGCUAAUUGUCUGCCUUGUUGGUGGUCUAGCCAGGGAAGGAUUGAGAUGGGUCUGCCCACUUGUGUUGUCUCUAUGUCCUUCCAGGGUUUGGUCACUCCUUGUUUAGUCCAUUCCACAAUCCAUUGGAUGUGUGUGGCUCUGUAGUACCUUUUAAAGUCUGGGAGGGCCAGCCUUCCCUUUUCUUUUGGUAGUGUGAGUACGUUGUGUUUUAUUCUUGCUUUCAGUUUCUGCCAGGUAAACCUAAGGGCCAUAGAUCUAAAGGAGGCAAAGAGGGCCUCCGGGAUGGCGCUGGGGAUGGCCUGGAAUAGAUACAGCACCCGUGGCAAGACAUUCAUUUUAAGAACUCCCACCCUUCCAAACCACGAGAGACGCACCUGCUCCCAGUCUUUCAGGUCUUUAUGGAUGGUGUUCAGUAGCGGUUGAACGUUGGCCGCGUACAGUUGGGUAAGGUCUUUCGUGAUCAUCGCUCCAAGGUAUCUCAGGGAGGUGUCGGACCAUUGAAAGGAACGCUGGUUUUUAUCAUCUUUAUUGACAGAAUAAUACAAUUUGCAAACCCCAUGUCAAUCCUCGAAAAUUCCUGGUUAAGUGAAUAAAACCAUUAUUAUUAUUCAGAGUAAGAAAGUUCAUGUACAUUUUGUACUGUAUUACAAACAAUUGUCAGCACCAUUGUAUGAACAUUGUUACUGGAACAAGAAGCAGCGAGUGCACUUGUACAGAGCCCCAGAGUUGUCCAUUCGGACUAUUUUUCAUAAUUCUUGUGUACAAAUGUUAAAUCGAGGGAAUGUUUUCUUAAAUCAUACUCAUUGGUUAGUAUAUCAUUCAGUCAACGUAGGUAUAUCAUGUGCGUUAUUUAACAGAAUAUGGCCACCAUACAACUAUAUCGUGGAAACAACUUAACUAAAUUAUUAUUAAAUAAUGCUCAUGAUAUAAACAAUGUGAUCUAUAGUAUGACACAAAACUUUGUAAAGUAAUAAAAUGUGAGCAGGAUAUUGCUUUGCUGCAGAGGGAUUUGGGUAGAUUGGGGGACUGGGCACUAAAAUGGCAGAUGAAAUUUAACGUAGAGAAAUGCAAAGUUAUGCACUUUGGGGUCAAGAAUGCACAAGCAAUUUACACCCUAAAUGGUAGUGAACUAGGGAUAACCACACACGAGAAGGAUUUGGGAAUUGUUAUAGACAACAAAUUAGGCAGCAAUAUGCAAUGUCAAUCUGCAGUUGCUAAGGCCAGUAUGGUUUUGUCAUUUAUAAAUAGGGGCAUAAAUUCUCGUGAUGAAAAUAUAAUUUUGCCUCUUUAUAAAUCGCUGGUAAGACCACACAUUGAAUAUGCUGUGUAAUUUUGGGCACCUGUUCUAAAGAAGGAAAUCAUGGCACUAGAAAAAGUGCAGAGACGGGCUACAAAAUUGAUAAAAGGAAGGGAGCAUUUUAGUUACAAAGAAAGGUUAAAAAAUUUAAAUCUCUUUAGUUUGGAAAAAUGGCACCUGAGAGGGGAUAUGAUAACAUUAUACAAAUCUAUUCAGGACCAGUACAAAUCAUUGUGUGGAAAUCUAUUCAUAAACAGGGCUAUACAUAGGCUGGAAGAAAGGAGAUUUCAUCUAAGGCAAAGAAAAGGUUUUUUUACAGUAAGAGCAAUAAGGAUAUGGAAUUCUCUGCCUGAAGAGGUUGUUUUGUCAGAGUCUAUACAGAUGUUUAAACUGCAAUUGGAUAAAUACUUGUAAAAACAUAACAUACAGGGAUAUUAUUUCUAAUUAGUGGGGUAAUAGCUGCUUGAUCCAAGGAGACAUCUGACUGCUAUUUUCUGGUCAAGAAGGAAUUUUUUCCUAGUUUGUUGCAAAAUUGGAAGCACUUCAGACUAGGUUUUUUGCCUUCUUUUGGAUCAACAGCAAAAACAAAUGUGAGGAAGGCUGCACUUGAUGGACGCAAGUCUCUUUUCAGCUAUGUAACUAUGUAACUAUGUGAGAUGGGAUAGAUACAAUGUCACCCGUGCAGUAAUCACACAAUUCCACCUACUAAGAACACACUUAUAUAAUAAAUAUAAUAUAACUAUAAUGCAAAAUAUACCCUUUGUAUUUUUUGUAUAUAUUGCAUUAUAUUUUCCACCUCGUUUUUUUAUGUGCAAGCUCAUGAGAUACACAUGUUGAGGAUAUGUUUAACUAAAUUAUUGGUUACAAAAUACAACAAAUUGUGCUAACGCUUUAUGACAUUUUCUGCCUGACAACUCAAGGACUCCAUACCGGUGUGCCUGUAUGUGUGUAUGUAUGUGUUUAUAUGCAUGCAAUGUGUAUCAAUCAGUUAAUAGGCUGUAAUCUGACACAGAUUGCUCACCAGACAGGAUUAGAGCAGUGAGUGGAGGAUUAGACUGAUUAGAAGACUGAUGCAAGAGAUACAUACCUUUUUACUCCAUGUUUUGAAUGCUUUAAUAAGAAGCCCUUUCAAUGCAGAAACACUUAGGGGUUUAUUAGCUAAACACCAAAUUGUGGUUAUAGGGUUACUCCACCCACCAUGACCAUUUCUGCUUUGAGAACUGGUCAUUAGUGAUGUAUUAGCCGCGAGGCAAACAGGGCAUUUGCCUUGGGUGGCACUAUCCAGGGGGCAGCAAAAAAUGCACAGGCAAAUACCUUGUUAGCCUGGUGGCAGGCAGCUAGGGGAGUUCCAGUUGGGCAAUGUCAUAUUCCGGCUCCCGGCAUCACUGCAGCGCGCUUGGAACUCAGCUAGCCGCCCGACUGCCUGCACGCCUGCCAUCCACAGCAGCCCAGCCAGCAGCCCCACCGGACCCCAGGUAAAAACUCCACCCAGUUCUCCCACAGGUAGAGAGGCUGGGUGGAUUUAAAUUAAAAUGAAAAAAAUUAUCUGUGAGUGUUGGGGGAGAGAAAUGUGUGUGUGUGUGUGUGUGUGUGUGUGUCUGGCUGUCAGUGUGUUUGUGUGUCUGGCUGUCAGUGUGUGUGUAUGGCUGUCAGUCUGUCAGUGUGUCUGUGUGUGUGUGUGUGUGUGUGUGUCUGUCAGUGAAUGUGUGUAUGUCAGUCAGUGUGUGUCUGAGUGAUUGUGUGUGUCUGUGUGUGAGUGUUUGUGUCUGUGAGUGAGAGUUUUUGUGUGAAUGUCUGUCAGUGUGUGUCUGUGAGGGAGCCUGUGUGUCUGAGUGACUGUGUGUGUCUGAGUGACUGUGUGUGUCUGGCAGUGAAUGUGUGUUUGUGCCUGAGUGAUUGUGUGUGUAUGUCUGCCAGUGUGUGUCUGUGAGGGCGCCUGUGUGUCUGAGUGAUUAUGUGUGUCUGUGAGUGUGUCUGUGAGUGUGUGUAUGUCUGUCAGUGUGUGUCUGUGAGGGAGCCUGUGUGUCUGAGUGAGUAUGUGUGACUGUCUGUGAGUGUGUCUGUGUGUGUGUGUGUGUAUGUCUGUCUGUGAGUGAGUGUGUGUGUUUUUCAGUGAAUAUGUGUGUGUGUGUGUGUGCGUCAUUGUUUGUGUGUGUGUGUGUGUGUGUGUGUGUCAGUGAGUGUGUGCGUGUCUGUCAGUUAUUGUGUGUGUCUGUCAGUGUGUGUUUGUGAGUGAGUCAGUGAUUGUGUGUGUCUGUCAAAUCAGUAUGUGUGUGUGUUAGUGUAUCUGAGAGUGUGUGUAUGUCAGUCAAAGUGUGUGUUAGUCCUUAACAUGAAAAUGUGUGGCAUUGACAGGAAGGGGUGGGGCAAAUGUAAAUUAGGGGGUGCCCUAGUUCCGUCAUGCCUAGGGCAGCACAGAUCCAAAAUACACCACUGGUGGUCAUGGUGGUAAUAGCCAGUAUAUGCAGUCUUUUAGCUUGGAAAAUUGGCAUUUGUGUGCACCUCUGGCUUACGUGACUGGCAACUCAGAUCUCCAUUCUGGAUUACCAAAUGUGAAUUCUGUACAUAAAAUAUAUCCGUUCCUCAGCGUACAGUGCACACUAACAAUGGACGUAUUGGGCUUCUUUGCCUGCACAGGGAAGCCUGGGUUUCUCCUCCCUUUACUCUUUUUGUGCAGCCCUCUCUGUCUCAAUGCAGUUGUAUUUGUCCUCCUCCUUGUCUCCCUCUCUUUGCUGGCUCAGAGUAUGAGAAGCCUUUGAUUCAACCUUGCGUGGCUCCCAUGAUAUCAUUACCACGCAAGGAGCUAAGCUUUUUUUUCUUUUUUAUAGUUAUGCGUUGUUGAAGGAGUGGGAGUAAAGAGUAAUGCCCAGUAGGGCAUUAUUCAUUUAAAAAAAGUAUACAGUAAAAAGGGUUUGAGUAAAAUGAAAACCCUUUGAUUGAAAACAAAUUUACAAAAUUUAGGACAAAACUGAUUUGGAACAUAUUUGAAGCUGAACAAUAAAAACUUGGUUAUUGUUGCCUAAAAUGUACAGUUUGAUUUUUCAAUUUACUGGAAUUCUAUGCUCAGUAAUCAGUAAUAUUUUGUAUGCUAGUGUGUGUGUGUGUGUGUGUGUGUGGGGAGGCGGGGGGGUUAACCUGGUUACAUUCCCCUGGCCUUCAAGAUGAUAACAGGUCCUGAUACUUCCUAGUUGUUUAGCUCAGUGCAGCUGAACUCAAGAGACAGAAAUUGGUCAGAACACCUGUCUUGCAAAGACUUCUAAUUGAGCUGCAUUGGGAUGUCUGUGAUUGGACAGCCACAGAAAGACUGGGCGGGGUUAGAAGGGGAGGGCUUGCAAAGGCUGUAACAUCAGCAAUUGAUUAAAUUUUCCUUUUCAUUGGACACACCAGAGCUGACCAUUUAGAAACAUAGAAUGUGAUAGCAGCUAAGAGCCAUUCGGCCCAUCUACUCUGCCUAAUUUUCUUAAUACUUGCAUUAGUCUCUUUUAUCUAGGAUAGCGUUAUGCCUAUCCCACACAUGCUUAAACUCCCUUACUGUGUUAACCUCUACCACUUCAGCUGGGAGGCAAAAUUCAGAACCCUACGAUGUAAUAGAAGAGCGGUUCUCUGAUUUACAUGGGUCUCGCUUUUCUACUUGUUGAAAUCAGUAGAAAAAAAUUAGAGACAUGGUUGUGAAUGCGUAUGAUAGAGUCUGACAUGAAGACUUGUCUUCUCCUCAGAUAUCUGCUGUCCCAUGUCCCUUCAUAUUUUAUCAUAGCAAUGCCCAUGAGAGUUUGUAAUUGUGAAGGGCAUGCCAAUGAAUGAGAAUCCGCAACUCAAAAUGACUGUAUGCUAUUAUUAUUUUUAGUAAUCUAAGAUAUUCAUUUUUACAAUUUGUUCUUACUUUUUCAGAUGGCUUCUGUCACAGAUGGACGAUAUGGACACAAAGAUGCUUCAGACCAGAACUUCGAUUACAUGUUUAAACUUCUCAUCAUUGGCAAUAGCAGUGUAGGCAAGACCUCGUUCCUUUUCCGCUACGCUGAUGACACCUUCACGUCAGCUUUCGUCAGUACAGUGGGAAUAGACUUCAAAGUGAAAACCGUUUAUCGAAAUGACAAAAGGGUGAAGCUGCAGAUCUGGGUGAGUGGCAAAAUUACAAAAUCUCGCACAAAGUCUCAAGGCUUUAAUCUAUUCUGCUUUAAUGUUAGACAAGACAAGUGUUGCUAUAGGUGGCAAUUAGUCCAUUAAGAGAAGUGUAAUUUUAAAUUCUUAGACUGUUUGUUUUCCUAAACUCAUGAUAUAACUACAACCUAUUUCAGAACUGGUUGAAUAAAUCACAGGAGAAGGCGGUCAGUAUUUGCCCAAAAAAUCUAUAUACAGUAGUUCAUAUUACAAACUGGUGUUUUGCCAGGUCUGACCUAGUACACAUGUCCAUUCCAAUCUAAUAUUUCCCCCCAAUGUCCCAAUCUCUACCAUCACAACCAACAUGUCCCUACUAACCCUUCCUUUCCUUUUCAGCCACCAUGCCAUUUUGCCCACCACGCGCUCUGCAGCCAUUAUGUGACUAUGGUCCCUCCUUCGCCGCCAUCAUUUACCAUGUCGUUAUCUAGUCUUCCCCUGUUUUCUUAGGAAGUCAUUCUCUCUCUCACACCUUCCCCAUCAUGUCACAUUUUUUUUAAUGUCUCCCCCGUCUCUCUUUAGCCUUGUAAGGUCUUUAUAUGGCUGCCGCAUAUUAUGUAUUAUAGUUUGUAUUGUGUACUAUAGUUUGUAUUGUAUUGUUUAUUGUGCAUUAUAGCUUGCAUAAUUUUCUAACCCAUACUGACUCCCUACAUCCUUCUAGCGUCUAUGCAUGUGUCAAAGUAAUGAUGCAGAGCAUCUCAUGCUAUUUGUCCUGUUGUGGUUUAUUUCUGGUCCCAUUAGCAUGUUCAUAGUAUGUUUAAAUCCAUGGUAUUUGACUUGGGUUUCCUUUACCAUUCUGAUAUCUGACAUCUUUGAACCGGCUUUGUAUCUCAUGUGCCUGAUCUCUGGCUCCCUCUGACUCUGGCUGGUCUCUGACUUCCGUGUUAUCAUUCAUUUUAACGUACGUUAAACCCAACCAUUCUAAGUAUUAGUAAUACAUUACUGUAUAUUCUUUAUCUAAUCAAGAUAGCGUGUUGAGAUAUAUAUAACGGGACAAACCUUCAUGCCACAACCUCUCCCUUUGCAGUCACGUCAGCAGUUCCCUACAUUCUUAGUAAUGCCGUCUAAUGUCCAUGAUAUUAGCAUGCAGUAAAAUAGAGAGUCAGGAUUAUUUACUGAGGAUUUUUUGGGAAUUUUAAGUGAAUUUCAAAUUUAAGGCCAAAAUAUCUGAUUUGGAAAAAUUAUCCAACCCAGCAAUGCUUUCAGUUUGUUUAUUUUAGUCUCACAUAUAAAGUUCUUUUUGAAUCCACUUCAAAUUCUGACAAUAUUCACUUUAGCAAAUAACGCUGAGUAUCUUUGGCCUGGUGUUGGUAAAGGUAUGUAAAACGAAUGGAUCACUGUAAUGGGUGUUAUAAAAUGUUUUACAUUAAUAUUGUUUUUGUUAAAGUGUGCUUGUCAUGGUACACUCGAUGUACGCUCAUUUUAAAGGGUCCACUAUUUCACCAGAAUUGCCUGCAAAUGUGUCGAUUGGGAGAAAAAAAAAAUCUAUUUAAAAAUAGGUCUUUGGCAUAGACCUCUAGAAUUGACUGACAGAGAAAGAGCAGGAGAGAUCUACUUGGCCUUAUUACAAUGGUUGGGGCUUAGAGCUACAGCUUCAACAACCCCUAUGUUAAGCUAACCUGACCCUACUUAAACAGCGUAAUCAGUUGAUAAAUGCUACCUAGUUAAAUGUUGGUGCCCCAGAACUUCUGAAAUCAAAUUAAUGAUAAAAUUGCAGAUAACUGUGUUCAGGGUUCACAGAAGCCAUGUACAGCUCUGGGCAAUGCAGUAUCUACACUUGAAAAUAAAAUGUACUAAACUGCUAGGAUGCAGGUAAGUGGAAUAAUUAAUUAAAUAUAGUAUAGUUCUCGUUUCAUUAUAUUACUGCCUGAUGCUAUAAGUAUUCGAGUGUGCGGUUAAUUCAGCCAGUACAUUAUGUUUAUGUUUACAGAGAAUAUCCCAGAUAGUCUGCUUUAUAUCCACCGGGGUAGCAUGUCAUGGUUGGCUCAAACACGAGUGCAGUUCAAUCUGACCUUAUAUAGUCUGUACUGACUGACUGAGCAAAACAGAGACUACUAACUGCAUCUACUUUCUGUUUCAGAAAUGGCUUAUUUAUGUCUAUUUAUUAAUAUUUAAAGUUUGUUGAGUGAUUUGCACGGAAUAAAAAAUGAUAGUUUGUCCAAGUUGCAAAUGAGCAAUUAAUAAAAUGCAGCAACUUAGAUCUAAACUCUGGAUAGGAGUGAAUUGAAAACCAAAUAUACGUCUUCAUUUUGCAAUCUGGAUUUUAAUUCAGUACAAUUCAGAGUUUAGUGUAUAAUCCUGGCAGAGUUUUUCACACCUAAACGUGAGAAGUGUUACACAUAAUUUAAUUGUAUGAAGAUGCUUCAGUGAAAAGGCGUUGUUGGAGGGGGUGGGGGGGAGGCAUUGGGGGCUGAAGCCCAGGAUAUGGGACCCUUUAGCCCCAGAUCUGCUUUUUUUAAAGGGGAAACCAAACAAUAGACUUGUUAAAGGACCACUCUAGGCACCCAGGCCACUUCAGCUUAAUGAAGUCGUCUGGGUGCCAGGUCCCUCUAGGGUUAACCCUUUUUUUUUAUAAACAUAGCAGUUUCAGAGAAACUGCUAUGUUUCUAAAUAGGUUAAUCCAGCCUAUAAAGCCUCUAGUGACUGUCUCACUGACAGCCGCUAGAGGCGUUUGCGUGCUUCUCACUGUGAAAAUCACAGUGAGAAGAUGCCAGCGUCCAUAGGAAAGCAUUAUGAAUGCUUUCCUAUGAGACUGGCUGAAUGCGCGCGCAGCUCCUGUUGCGCAUGCACAUUCAGCCGAAGAGGAGGAUCGGAGGGGGAGAGGAGGAGGAGAGCUCCCCGCCCGGCGCUGGAAAUAAAGGUCUGUUUUAACCCUUUCCUCUCCCCAGAGCCCGGCGGGAGGGGGACCCUGAGGGUGGGGGCACCCUCAGGGCACUAUAGUGCCAGGAAAACGAGUAUUUUUUCCUGGCACUAUAGUGGUCCUUUAAGAUCUUUUGCCGAGGAUUAUUUAACUAUUUACCCACCAACAAGUAGCGCUGCUAACAGGCAAAUAAAAUGUAAAAUGUUCGUUUACUUGCAUGAAAGCAUUGUAUUAAAACCAGUGCUUUGUGAAUCUUCCGAAUCCUUUAGUUUGUAUUGAUUUUAAUCCUGACACUGAAUGUAUCUGGGUGAUUGUUGCAGAUUCGCUGACUGUAGUUAGCUUUAGUAAAUAGGAGAACUACCAUUGCGCUGAGAAUUCAAUCAUUUUCACCGGAUUUUGUCCACACAGUCUAAAUCGGCGCAUGGGGGGAGGGGGUUUAGUGAUAGUGAAUAACCCCAUAAGUUUUCAAUUCUCUACAUUUUGGUAAAUUACGCAUGCUGCACAAAUUGCCACGAAUCAUAUAUAUUGUUAAUUUUGAUUUAAGUAGUGCCCAGAUUUGCAGUAAGUCAUUUAGGAGCAAACAGCAGAUAAUCCCAUCUAAACCCAGGUCGUGCCAGUAAGCUAAAGUACUCUGCAGCUAUUAGUUCAUCACAAUAAAAUGUCAAAUUUAAUGAAAAGAUUGCGGUGCAAGCAGAGCUAUAAAUGUGACAAGAUGCAGUCUGCAAGUUACUGGGAAAACUUUGAAAGUAACAUAGACAGCCUGAAGUAGCCAGUCCCUUUUUGUCACCUUUUCAGUUAGAUUUAUGGUUGCAGCAUCUGUCACGAUUUUGCAUGAUUCUGUUUUUUUCAGAGCAUGCACCCUUCUCAUUAAAGCAAAUGAAAAUGUAGAAUAUUCUUUGACAGAAUUAACAAUUAGAGAUCCGGUUUACAGCAGGAAGUCCAGAACUCUCAGUGCACGUAUCAUGCAUAAAAUCACAUGAAAUGAGGAUAUUACAGUUUAUAUACCUUCUUCACCUCUUCUCUCUGUGCAUGUUCUGUACACCAAUUACUUGUCAAAUAUCUCCAUUCUAUAAUUGUCGAGAGCUGCAGAAUCUGUGGGCGCUAUGUAAAUGAUAGACAGCCUAUUACAUUACAGCCUAGGGAUAUCUCUAGUGGCCAAAAGGAAAGAACUGGCACCCCCUAGGGGGACUGUGCCAGGUACGACCUAAUAGGGGUUAACCCUCACUAAUGUGCUACUACAAAAGAAAAAGAGGGAUCCCGUGGGCAAACAACACCCCUGGAGUCACAAAACAGGAAGUCCCUUAAAAGUCCACAUAUGUGUGCUUAAAACAUAACUUUUAUUAAUCGCUAUUGAAUAAAAGACCCAUGCUGAAAGCGAAGAACAAAGAUAAAAGCUGCGCCAAAUAUAACCGAUAGAUAAGAGAUAGUUAGGUAGUCCAAAUAUAAAUAUAAAAAUCUUAGCUAAAAUAGAUAUUCCUUAGAUCAAAUAGUCUGUGCUUUGCUUUAUCAGGAGCAAUGUUCUCGCUGUCCUUCCUCAGGGUGAUCCAAUAAUAUGAAACGAUAAAACAGAUAAAAGACCAAAUGGUGUAAUAUGUUCACUAGAAGAAGAUGGUAAUGCACUCACAUUUUUUAGAGCUAUAGCUAGCUCUAGUAUAGAAAGCGUACAGCGGUAAAAUCCCCACUUAUGGGAUAUGACGCAACUUUCUUUCUUCAAAGGUGUGUGGACCACUCAAAAAGAAUAAAAGGAGACAACCAAUAGUGCUCUCUGAUUAAAAACGGUAUAGAAAUAAAAUAAGUAUAAAAUGGUACUCACAAGGAUGGAGCAGACAGACUGCUCCUUGGUGAUAGCGUAGGUGGAAUAAUCCCCACCGCGGAUUGCUUGGAGUCCAGGAUAAUAAAAAUGCCAGGAAUAGAAAUAAAAUAUAAGGUGUAUUAUAAAGAUGAUUGGCACAAUAAAAAAAUUGUCCAAAAAAUCUUUAAUAAGUGAAAUACACAAUAAAAAUAACCAUAAACGCAUUUCGCCUAAAAGGCUUUAUCAAUCUUUAUAAUAAAAAAGUUUUUUUAUUCCAUAUUGAUAAAGCCUUUUAGGCGAAACGCGUUUAUGGUUAUUUUUAUUGUGUAUUUUACUUAUUAAAGAUUUUUUGGACAAUUUUUUAUUGUGCCAAUCAUCUUUAUAAUACACCUUAUAUUUUACUUUUAUUAUCCUGGACUCCAAGCAAUCUGUGGUGGGGAUUAUUCCACCUAUGCUAUCACCAAGGAGCAGUCUGUCUGCUCCAUCCUUGUGAGUACCAUUUUAUACUUAUUUUAUUUCUAUACUGUUUUUAAUCAGAGAGCACUAUUGGUUGUCUCCUUUUAUUCUUUUUGAGUGGUCCACACACCUUUGAAGAAAGAAAGUUGCGUCAUAUCCCAUAAGCGGGGAUUAUACCGCUGUACGCUUUCUAUACUAGAGCUAGCUAUAGCUCUAAAAAACGUGAGUGCAUUACCAUCUUCUUCUAACAUUUGUCGUACCCUAGUGAACAUAUUACACCAUUUGGUCUUUUAUCUGUCUUAUCUUUUCAUAUUAUUGGAUCCCCCUGAGGAAGGACAGCGAGAACAUUGCUCCUGAUCAAGCAAAGCACAGACUAUUUGAUCUAAGGAAUAUCUAUUUUAGCUAAGAUUUUUAUAUUUAUAUUUGGACUACCUAACUAUCUAUUAUCUAUCGGUUAUAUUUGGCGCAGCUUUUAUCUUUGUUCUUUUGUUGUUGUAUUUUAAGGGUUCUGAGGGAUUCCCUUUAAAGGCUGCUGCCUCAUUUUGUUAUUAAGCGCUUACUCUCUCUUUUUGAAAGCUAAGAGUCUAGUGACUAGAACGAACAUAAAGAUUAAAAAGUAAAAAGAGUGCAGACAGGAGAAAAAAAUGAAUAAUUCACUUGUAUAUAGGAAGGUUACCCUAAUAUUGUGGUCACUCGUGGACCCAAUAACAUCAAAGGGAAGUAACUCCUGUCCUAUAUAUUAAUGCCGUAAUUAGAUGUAGUGGGAUAAUCUAAUAUUUGCUGGGAGGCACAUGCCCUGUAUGAGUAAUGUAAGUAGAUAGAAAAUACAAUUGCCCAAAUGGCUCCACUUCAAUUCUACAACCGUAGAUUGCAGGUAGUAGUGAUAUCCUAUUGGGUAUCGGUAUCAAAAUAGAAUAACAACCGAUAGUUACAUGUAGGCAAAAAAUACGUAGUGAUCAGAGGUCCCUCAUACCCUUGUGGCACUAUAUAAGGCUAAGGUACACUCUUGCCAUAAUGCUUAAUUCCAUCUAAAUAAUAAAGUCCUGUGUGGGCUAAAGAGAGAAUCACCUUAGCUAUCUAAAAGGAAAGAUGAGUGCCUGGGGGGGUACCUGUAAGGGGGAAUGUUGGCCCUACAGAUGUCAGUAAUAUCUGUUGACCCUAAAUCCACUCCCCCCACCUCCUUUUACCAGGAUCCCCGUUAAAUCAACUAAUUGUCUCGGCUAAACUACGGUUCCUUAAAAUAAAAUAAAAUCAUAAUUUGAAGAAAAUGCCUGUCUGCUUUAAAGCUGCCUGACACGUGUUUCGGCGCUGCUACAGCGCCUUCAUCUGAGGCCAAAACAGUGGAGCUGACCUGUCAGAGUUGAAUAUAUGCGGAGAAUGGACCAGUGAAAGCUGGGGGUGUGUACGCCCCGUUCGCGCCCAAACCAGCAUUCAAACUGGUUACGCCCCCAUGAUUACGUAUCGCUAUACAAUUGGUGGCCAUUAAGUGAAUGAGUGUGUGUGUGUGUGUGUAUUACCCCGGUGAGUGCCAUCCCAAUAACGGCCAAACGGAUGAAUAAAGCUCUGCGGGGAGGAACCCAAAAUAUAAACUAGCAACUUAUGAGUUCAGCGUGUUACAGGCAUAUCAAUAUACAUUUAUGACAGGAUAUGUCUGCUGGUGGAUUAUAGGACGUGUGAAGAUCCUAUCUUGUCUCCACACAUUCCACACUUCCAACCAUUAAGGGGUGGGUAAGACCUGGGGUUUAUGGUCCCUCUGGACACUGAAGGACCCCAAUAAAUCAGGCUUUAUCAGCCUAUGGACUGGCAUCAUUCCAAGAUAGCCUUGUUAUACAGUACUGAUUGAACAAGAGUGUUACCCCUCUUAUAACAAUUAUAACAACAAUACUUUAUUGUAUACGGUAAGUUGGUUAUCAAAAUCACAUCCAGGUAAAUGUUCAUCUGUUAAUAAUAACGUCCUGAUUCUAAAAUAUUAGGAAACAUAUCCAGUACACCUCUUGGUCAAAACUCGAGCUAGUAAUGAACCUUCCUCCAUGCUAUACAUAUGCACUCAAUGACGGUCUAUCACAUUCACCAAUAAUUGUGAUUGUGUCCAUACCUCUCAGCUUGCCCAAGGACAGUGUUUUAGAGUGAAACUGUCAGUCACAAAUCAAGAAUAGCCAUAAAAAUGAAGUAUUCACAGUGACAUAUCCUCAUAUGUGGGCUAUAUUACAUGAGAAUAAUAUAAAAGGUUAGAAUAGAACAAGUACUCCUUGUUGGCCUUAUUUAGCAAUAAAGGGGGUGAAUGGAAAUCCCUCAUUUAGCCCGUUUGGAGCCAGAGUAUUAAACCUAUAUAUCCAAAAGGCUUCUCUUUUGAGUAGGGUUUGAUCCAAGUCUCCCCCUCUUAAGCCCAAGUGCACCUUUUUUAUUCCUGCAAAUCUAAUGCCUCCUGGAUCCCCAUGAUGGCAUGUCCUAAUAUGUCUUGCCACCGGGGUGUCUUUGAGGUUUCUAACGGAAUGUAUAUGUUCCAUGACUCGCCUCUUAAGGGGGCGGAUAGUCUUCCCUACAUAUCUCAGACCACAUACACAGGUUAGCAGGUACACGACCCCUUUUGAAUUACAAUUAAAAAAUUGUUUGACCCUACAUACAGUCUUAUCACCAGAAUCGGUGAGUGUUUUGGAGCCCUUGGUCAUGUACCUACAGGCCACACACCUGCCACAUUGAUAGGUGCCCUGUACAGAUAGCCAACUUUGUCUAACCUUUUUAGUUGAAAAGUGGCUAUGUACCAGAGUCUCUUUCAGGUUUUUUCCCCUUCGUGCUGUGAGAGAUACCUGUGGGGUCACCACUCCACUCAAAUGGGAAUCAUGAGACAAAAGGGGCCAGAACCUACCCAUAAUCCUCUUUGCUUGAUCCCACCCUGAAUCAAAAUUUGCUAUACAUCUGACGGGCUCUUGUUGGUUGGGUAUGGUCCUGUCUUGGAGGAGUUCCGCCCUAUCACUUAGAAGCGCUCUCUGAUAGGCAUAUUUCAGACAGCGGUUGGGGUAGCCCCUCUCUUUAAAUCUAAUUCUCAGUGACUUGGCUUGCUGGAUAAACUCCUCCAAAGUCGAACCGUUCCUCCUCAAACGGAGGUACUGUCCGACCGGAAUACCAGUGGCGUCUCUAGGAUUAAUUUUUAGGGGGGGCACAUGGAGGGCCAGAGACAAAAGUAGGGGGGCACAUUUAACCCCGCCCUCGCCGCAGUUUGACCCUGUCCCUGCCGCAUGUUAAGCCCCGCCCCCGACACAAUGUGUUUUUUGUUUUGUUUUUCAUAAUCCCUGGUGGAGAACUCAUUAUUUUGCACCAAGGAUUAUUAAAAAACAAACACAUUUUCCUUGAUACAGUCCAUACACACACACACACACACAAACUGCUGAGUCCAUGCAUACACACACACAGACUGCUGAGUCCUUACAGACACAGAGACUGCUGAGUCCAUACACACAUACAGACUGCUGAGUCCAUACACACACACACACACAGACUGCUGACCAUACACACACACACACACACACACACACACACAGACUGCUGAGUCCAUAUACACACAGACACACAGACUGCUGAGUCCAUACAAACACAGACACAUUGACUGCUGAGUACACACACACACACACACACAAACAGACUGCUGAGUUCAUACAGACACACACAGAGACUGCUGGGUCCAUACACACACACACACAUACACAUACUGCUGAGUCCAUACACACAGACUGCUGAGUCCACACACAAAUACACACACAUACACACACAGACUGCUGAGUUCAUACAGACACACACAGACUGCUGGGUCCAUAUACACACACACACUCACACACACAGACUGCUGAGUCCAUACACACACAUACACAGACUGCUGAGUCCAUACACACACACACAGACUGCUGAGUUCAUACAAACACACACACAGACUGCUGGGUCCACACACACACACACACACACACACACACACACAGACUGCUGUGUCCAUACACACACAUACAGAGACUGCUGAGUCCAUGAUACACACACACACUGCUGAGUUCAUACAGACACACGCACAGACUGCUGGGUCCACACACACACACACACACAGACUGCUGAGUCCAUACACACACAGACUGCUGAGUCCAUGCACACACAAACACACACAGACUGCUGAGUCCAUACAUACAGAGACAAACACAGACUGCUGAGUCCAUACAAACACAUACACACAGACUGCUGAGUCCAUACACACACAUACACAGACUGCCGAGUCCACACACACACACACAGACAGACUGCUGAGUCCAUACACACACAGACUGCCGAGUCCAUACACACACAGACACACAGACUGCUGACCACACACACACACACACACAGACUGCUGAGUCCAUAUACACACAGACACACAGACUGCUGAGUCCAUACAAACACAGACACACUGACUGCUGAGUACACACACAAAAACAGACUGCUGAGUUCAUACAGACACACACACAGACUGCUGGGUCCAUACACACACACACAUACACAGACUGCUGAGUCCAUACACACAGACUGCUGAGUCCACACACACACACACACACACAUACACACACACAGACUGCUGAGUUCAUACAGACACACACACAGACUGCUGGGUCCAUACACACACACACACACACACACACACAGACUGCUGAGUCCAUACACACACAUACACAGACUGCUGAGUCCAUACACACACACACAGACUGCUGAGUUCAUACAAACACACACAGAGACUGCUGGGUCCAUGCACACACACACACACACACACAGACUGAUGUGUCCAUACACACACAUACAAAGACUGCUGAGUCCAUACACACACUGCUGAGUUCAUACAGACACACACACAGACUGCUGGGUCCACACACACACACACAGACUGCUGAGUCCACACACACACAUACACAGACUGCUGAGUCCAUACACACACACAGACUGCUGAGUGCACACACACACACACACACAGACUGCUGAGUCCAUACGCACACACAGACUGCUGAGUGCACACACACACACACACACACAGACUGCUGAGUCCAUACACACACACACAGACUGCUGAGUCCAUAUACACACACAACACACACACACACACACACACAGACUGCUGAGUCCAUACACACACAAAGAGACACACAGAGACUGCUGAGUCCAUACACACACACACAGACUGCUGAGUCCAUACACACACACAGACUGCUGAGUCCAUACACACACACACCAAGCCUACCUGUCACUGGGGGCUGUUGCUGGGGGUCAGACAUCCAUCUUCCAUCCUUUCCAGCAGCAGCAAGGUCUGCUACUUAACGGUGGGGCUUAUGUGCGGGAGGCGGGGCUUCGUUUGGGGGCGGGGACUCUACCCGGGAGCCUGUCAGUGCUCCCUCCGGCCACAGACAGCCCCCAGCACCUAAGUCCUGCAUUCCCUCGGGCUGUCACAGAUUGUUACAGCCCAGGGAAUAUAAUUUUAAGCACAGCAUAUGGCCAGGAAGUUGCCAGCAUUUGGGGGUGCACAAGGGGGGCCCCAGCAUGAUGUGGGGGGCCAUGGCCUCCUCUGCCCCCCCCUAGUGAUGCCACUGCAGAAUACCCCUCUUUAGUGUGGUUGGAUGGUGACUUUCCCACCUCAACAUGGUGUUAGUAGAGGUGGGUUUCCUAAAAAGUGUGGUCUGGAUAAUAGAUUCAUCAGAGAUUUUAAAGGUGCAAUCUAGAAAGUUAAGGACUGUAUGCCCAAUUUCCAUCGUGAACCUUAGGUUCAAAUUAUUAGAGUUGAGUCUUUCAACAAAGGCAGUGAAGGAGUCCCCUGUGCCCAUCCAGACAACGAGGACAUCAUCUAUAUACCUUUUCCAUAAAAAGAUAUAUUCAGGAUAUUCAAUAUUCUCCUCUGAAAACACCACAUUCUCUUCCCACCAACCCAGGAUGGGGCAUAAGAUGGGGCACAAGCCGUACCCAUCGCAGUACCCUGCACCUGGUGAUAGUAUUGGCCAUUAAAAAGAAAGAAAUUGUGGGUUAACACAAACUCCAACAGUUCCAAUACAAGCAUUGUAUGACGUGAGUGUCUUGACCCUUGUGUCUCUAGGUAGUGCCGACUAUGUGCUAGGCCUAGGGAGUGGGGAAUUGAUGAGUAAAGAGCCUCCACAUCAAGGCUACAUAGCAGAGCCCCCUCUAGUAUGUUGGUAGAAGCUAGACACUUUAAAGUGUCCUUUGUAUCCUUUAAAUAAGAAGGAAGUUUUUCUACAAAAGGCCGAAGAACUCUAUCAAUAUAGAUACUGGCUCUACUUGUCAAGUUGUUUGAUCCGGACACAAUGGGUCUAGCUGUUAAAUGGGUAUACUGCUUGUAAACCUUUGGGAGGCAAUAGAAUGUUGAAACCAUCGGUUUUUUUUAUGUAAAUGUAUGCAUAUUCAUCUCUACUCAGAAUUCCAUCAUCGAAUACUGAGUCGAGGAGUCGUUUGAGGUCUACCAGAAACUUAGUUGAGGGGUCAGUAGGUAACGUUCUAUAAGUUUGACCAUCACCAAGUAUAUUCGUAGCCAAGUGAACAUACUGAGGUCUAUUCAUUACCACAAUGUUCCCCCCCUUGUCUGCUGGUUUUAUGAUGAUGUCCUCGUUAUCCUGCAGGUCACGGAGGGCCUUCCACUCUCCCCUGGAAAGAUUACUGUGUGGUCGGGGUUGUAACAAGUCAAUUUUGAGAUUUUGUAUCAUCUUACACGAGGAUUCAACAAACAUGUCUACUUUUUAAUCUUUAUGUUCGUUCUAGUCACUAGACUCUUAGCUUUCAGCAUGGGUCUUUUAUUCAAUAGCGAUUAAUAAAAGUUAUGUUUUAAGCACACAUAUGUGGACUUUCAAGGGACUUCCUGUUUUGUGACUCCAGGGGUGUUGUUUCCCCCUGGGAUCCCUCUUUUUCUUUUGUAAUAUCUCUAGUGGCCACUCCUCAGACAGCUACUAGAGGUGCUUCCUUGGGCAGUGCUGCACAGUGUAGAGCACUGAUGUUCAGCGACUCCACGCUCUGCAUGGGGACGCUGAACGCUUCCCAUAGAGAUACAGUGAAUCAAUGCAUCUCUAUGGGAACGUAUUGUAAUUGGCUGAGUUCAUCAAUUCUGAUGAUGUCAGCCAAGGAGGUGGAUCUGGAUAGCGCCUGGAAAAAAGGUCCUGGGGAAAAAAGGUGUUUUUUACUUAUUUAGGAGAUUUUAACACUAUAGGAUCAGGAAUACAUAUUUGUAUAGUGUUCCGUAAGGUAACUCUCUCCACUGAAAUGUUGCACAUUGCGAAACUGCAUUUUUCUUUCUUUCUUUUUCCUCUUCCUUUCUGUUCUCUUCUUUUUUUUCUUUCUCUCUUCAAUUGGUUUUCUUUCCACACCUAUCUGUCCUUUCGUGUAUUUUCAUUUGUUCUUUUCUUUUUAAUUUUUUUCCUUUUCGUUCCUUUUUUUUAAAUUUGAAAUGGUAACAUGUCCAAGCAGACUAAUAAAAUGAUAACUAGAUCUGUUAAAUGUAACCAGUGAUUGCAAUGGGAAACAUUUGUGCCAAUCUAUAGAAAGUGUAUGAGGGGCGCUGUCAGUAGUUCUGAUUAAUGGGUUCUAGCUCUCUAAAUGUGCGCUGUCCUGGGUGCUGAAACAUGAAUCAUUUUAUCCUUUCUAGUGUCUACCAUGCUGAUCUCUGGGUCCUAGACCUGAUAAUGAACCCAGAAUUUCCCUUCCAGACUCCUCUCAAUGUCACUCUCACUGUUUCCAGAUGCUGUUUUAUGUUUCGUUUCUGAUGCCAAUCUCCAGUGACUUUUCAUCAUAUGAAUUUGUAUCUCAAGUCUUUGAGAUAGUUGGCAUUUAGCCGUUUAAAGGUCCAUUUCCUGUAUUGGAGCUAUAUGUUUGCUUCCAGACAUGUUCCAUAAUAUGAGCAGAAAUUAAUUAGAUAAUAAUAGUAUCAUUGAGAACUAGAAUAUACUUGAAAACUAGCAAAAAGCCAAAUACAUGCUUACUGCAUUAUUGCAUUGUCUCCUCUGAGUUCUAUUCUUGUACGAAUCCUCGAAGAUGUCAUACUGUACUCCUGUCCCGACUGCCGUUUCUCAUGCACUCAUUAUGUGCUCCAGCGUUGCAAACUAUGGCCUCCAAAUAUUACUCAAUGACUUGACUUUAUGGUUCAUCACAGCCUCUGACUCUGCUCCUUCAGCCAAGUGAUUUAGGUUUCACGAAUACUGUUCUUCAAGUUGGAAGCUCGGAGACUAGAAUUGGCAUGUUUUCGUAAACGGCGUCAUUACUUUCAUUGAUGUAAUUUUAUUUCUAAAGUCUUGUGCUGUGUACAGCAAAUAAGUCGUGUUGUUUAUUUGAUUACACCACAAAUAAAUUGGAUUCCUCACAAACCGUUGACGUUAUGCACAAAUUUAUAUUCAUUUCCCCUUAUUACAUCCUAGCUGAGAGCAUCUGUAAGGCGAUUCUUGCCCAGACAUCGUGGCACAGUUCAGUAUAAUGUUUAUGUCUAUGUGACUGUUUACACGUUUGUAGCAUCUCCUGUGAGAUUUCAAAGGCUGAUCUGUCACUUUAAUGUUACAAGUGACUCACCUCUGAACGUCUUCGUUUGGUCAUCAGUCCCUUUCAUCCGCCCCAUUAUGGUUUUAAAAAUACACACAGGGGAAAAUGUCUGCUUGAUAAGAGCCUGACUGAUUCUUAACAUAACUGGGACUUCUGCCAAGGGUAUCUGUAUAUUUACAUAAACAUACUCGAAAUGUUUCAUGAGAAAGACAGAAAGGGAUAGAAACUGUUUUAGAAAAAAAGAGAGAAGGAAAAGGGAAAAUUCAAAGUGAAUUACAAAUGUAAAGUCAAAAUAACAGAAUUGACUUAGAGAGUGUUUCUGAUUCAGCUAGCGUGGCCUAAACAAUUAGAUGCACAAUAAAACAUGUAUAUAGAUAUAAAUGUUUUUUUAUUAUUUUUUGUUUUUAUUAAAAACACAGAUACACUUAAGUUUAUUCCAGUGGCGAACAUUCUCAUCACUACAGGGUGAUGCUCCCUGGCAAAAGUCUAAAAUGUCAUGAUUUUUGUCAAAUCUGAUGCAUCUUAGAAAAACUGCGUAUGUGCGGCAAUUGCUGUGAUCAACCAAUUCAAUAUUGGGCAAACAAAAUAUCCUGCAUCCACUUACUUUAAAUAUUCAAUUAUUGAAUUUAUUUGUGUUGGAAGAAUCAGAGACAAAACUGUUUUCAUUUGCACGUCUGCAAGGGCAGCAAAUCUGCUCCCAAAUGACUUUAUUGAAAUGAAGUGAUAUUAGUGUUUAGCCCGUCUCUUUAAAAUAAUCCCAUAUUUACACAAUGAGAAUUUUUAAAGCAGAACAAUUAAAAAUAAAUAAAUAAGUAAAAUAACAAGCAGCACAGAAUCAUAUUUUAAUUAUGACAACAAAAACAUUUAUAUACAAUGUAAGAACUAAAUGAAAGAAAUAUUCUUGUGGGUUUUACAAAAUUGCCAAAUUAUUGUGUCCAGGACAAGGUAACCACAGAAUUGCCACCGCUGAACAACAACCCCUAUGGUCUUAUCCUGUCUGUACUGGCUUUGGUAGCUAAUUUAAUGUAAACGCUACAGAGCUUUGGGAAUCCAUCCUAGUUUCUUAUCCUUAACCUGCAAUUGAUUUGGUGCAUCAAGAUACCCUUUUUUAAUAAAUAAGUAUAUAUUUUGGUAUUUACCAAACAUGAAGUAUUCUUUUAAGGGACACUAGAAUCAAAUAUAUGUUUCUUUAACAGCUCUGAUCUAUUAAAUUUAAGUAGGUGAACAUGUUUUAUAAUUAUUAUUAUUAUUAUUAUUACUAUUUAUUUUUUAAGUUUUGCUGCCAGAAACAUAAAGAAGGAAUAGUCAAAAUACACAUAGGAGCAAGCAGCAGAAAAUUUUCGAUUUAAACAGACGAGGACAAACGGCUAAAUUAAAAACACUAAAAACAUUAAAUCCUCUUAGCGCAGUACGAUAAAGAAUGGCCGGGAGUUCCCAUACCAUUAGAACACUUGUAAUGCAAUAAAGCCCAUCUUCGCUCUUAUUAACAAUUAAGACAGAUACCGGUCAAAGUGUAAUGUUUUCCCUUUAAUUACGAAGCAGAGGAGUAGAUGAUGACAAAAGAGAGAUUUAUCAAAGUGUUUUAAAAAGUGGUCUAAAAUACUAGAAGUGGGCAGUCACCAUAGAAACCAGUGGACUAAGCAGACAUAUUCCAUUGGUGACUCUUCACCAAUAUUCCAUUUUUGCAGAACUUUAUAGUACAGAACGCAUUGAUAAAUCUCCCCCAGAUGUGUCUGAAGAUUGAAUGGCAGUAAAUGACGAAUUUGAAAGAAACAGCAAAUUACAAUUGAAGAAGAGGGACUGUCCGCAAAUCUACAUCUAGCAAUCGCCGGGCUAUGAAGCUCUACCCACGCCACAAAAAUACUGCGGGAAACGUUCCCAGCUUAUUUCUUUAUUUAAAGGAACAUUAUAAAGUAUACAAAAGUGUAUUCCUAACGCUAUCGUGUCCCUUUGUGCCCCCCACCCUUACAAUCUGCAUGGGUGAAAGACCCUAAAAUCACUUACCUGAUUCCAGUGCCACUCUCCCUCUGUGCUGGGUAGAUGCUCUGCCUCCUGCUUCAAUGCUUUCCUAUGGAAUUUAACUGACGCUGGAAGUCCUCAUACAGAGCGCGAGGACGUCCAGCGUCAGUUAGGCGGCCAAAAGUCGCUUAACCACCAGAAAAUGCCUCUUGUUCCUGUCUGACAGCCACUAGAGGCAGUCUUAGUCCGGCAAGGUAGUUAUUACAGUUUCUCUAAUACUACAAUGAUUUCCAUUGCAGGAAUAAGGGGGAUAGGGACAAUGCACCCAGAUCACUUCAAUGAGCUGAAAUGACCUGGGUGACUAUAGUGUCCUUUUAAGCAGACUGAUUAAUAUGCUUUGAGAUAGGGUGAUUUUUUUUUAUUUGUAAUGGUCUUAGUAUUUGAAGCUUCUGGUUUAACCGAUCAAUCACAAUUUAAAUCCAUGAUAAGUUUUCAGAGCAUCAGAUCUUUGCAAUUUGAAUUCUACCCAGCAUUGAUACACCGAGCAAGAGAACAUGUUCUAUUCUUCUGUGACAUAUUGCCAUCUCUUUAUGGAACAGUAAAUUAUCGGAGGCUGUAAAUGUCAUAGUGGAUUGAAAGCCAAGGCUUAAACCCACGAAUAUUAAUGAAUGUUUCUGAUUGUAAACCAGGGUGUGCAGGAGAAAUAUAUAUCACGGCAGUGGAGUUAAAGAGACAAAGAACCAAAAGUCCAAAACCACAACAACCCCGAACUGUAUCGAGGGAAUGAGAGAUCUACUUUUUUUCAUAGUUCAAUAUGCCUGACAAACUGAAUAUUCUUUGCUUAGGCAUGUUGUGUGAGUGUAUGUGGGUAGCCUAUCUAUAAUAUUGUGUUCAAGAUUGUGAUUGUGUUGCUGGGAAUGGUGGGGUGGCAGUUAAAAAAAAAAUAUGACUGUUGGUCAAAGAUUGUAUGUUUUAAUUAGAAGGCAUUUGAACCUGUUUCAGGAUACUCUUACCUCAUAAUAGAUUCAAUUACUUGCCUACCUAUUUUCACCUACCUGAUACCAUUUGUCAUUUAUUUAAGGAUAUCAAUAGCUUCACAGGAAUCCCACAUCAGCAAGAUCCUUUUCAGUGUUUCCCAACCCAGUCCUCAAGGCACACCUACCAGUCCAGGAUUUAGGGAUUACCCAGUUGUGUCUAAGGUGUUUUUACAAAGAAGAAAAAAAACACCUUAGACACAACUGGGUAAUCCCUAAAUCCUGGACUGGUAGGUGUGCCUUGAGGACUGGGUUGGGAAACACUGCUUUAUGUCAUGCCCAGCAUGCAUAACUCAUUGUUGCACUAUAGAAAUAUUGUUAUUAAAUGGGACGUGCGGAGUGUAUACAUGGAAUGAUUACCUCGUAGAGGAGGUAUAUCUGAUUACAGCAUUGUCAGGGUUAGUAUGGUUGUAUAGGAAUGUGUUACGUGUUAGAUCACAGGGCAAGAUUUGAAAAAUAAAUUCUCCCUUUGAAGCCAGGCACCCAUCUGUGUCCCUCUGGCCAGGUGUGAAAUCAUGCACCCCAUUGGACGUUCAUGUCUAUGUCCUGUCAGAAGUUCUUAUUAAGAAAAUACUGAGCUGGUUACCAAAACACACCGUGCUCCAGCAAAUUAUAUAAAUCAUUGCAGCUUUAUUAGUGUGAACAAUAGCAUAACGAAUUGCACCAUGGGGGAGGGUGCCAAAGCCUUACUCGUUCCAGACCCUGAGGUCUAUGGGGAAGAUGAUCUCAUCUAACAAUUCGCCUCUUUCAAAACUCCCUCGUGGUACUAUCUUAUCUAAAUUUGGGGUGCAUACUUCCCUCUGUUCUACGAGUCUGUGACUUCAGGACCUUUAUUGAGGUGGGGCGACCUUGCUCUGGACAAAGUUUGGGUUGUGGAAGAAGAGAAAUCUGAGAAAUUUACACAAUAAUAUUGAUAAAGUUAUCAGGAAUGCAGACAUGGAAGGGAAAUUGUGGAUAAGGAAUCUUGGAGAAUUUUAACUGACACUACCUACUGGUAUUAGGUUCUUAGUUUUGAUGCAACCUUCAAUUUUGAUAAAGAGUUGCAAGUACUAAUAGACCGUAACCAUUCACAAUACAUUGUACAAAUGAGUAAAAAUUAUUUUAUUUAAAAUCCCUUGACAAACCCAGUGAAACCCAGUGAAACCCAGUGCCCCAUAAUAUCCUUUAUUUUAUGACGCACAUUCCAACUUUCUAAAUCGACAGACUUCAACCUUCAACGGUAUGUCAUUCACUUACAUAUAUUAGAGAAUCUGACAUAUCCUUGAAUGCCUAGCAGAUAUAGAGUGGAGUCCUGAUUAUUUAUGAAUCACAGCAGAAGUCAGUGCUCUGUAUAACAAGAGAGAUAAUAAAUUAUGCAUAAUCACUGUACAUCAUGUUUUAUUUAAUGACCCACCAAGGCCGGAUUCCCUAUUAGACCGAAUAGGAACAUGUAGAGGGAGCCUAUUUACAGCAUUUAUAAUGUGUCUUUUUGGAGGUCAGGUGGGCUGACGGAGAGAGAUAAGUACCAGAAGCACUGGCCAGUGUCCUCUGUAGUCCAGUCAGCCUCCUAUGUUUGAUAGCAGAGCUGCAGGUACAGUUAUAGAGGGAGUAAAACUCAGUGCUAGCUCAGUGCUAUCUGCACGUAGAACACAUAGGGGCCUAUUCACUCGCUAUCUGCACGUAGAACACAUAGGGGCUUAUUCACUCAUUAUCUGCACGUAGAACACAUAGGGGAUUAUUCACUCACUAUCUGCAUGUAGAACACAUAGGGGCUUAUUCACUCAUUAUCUGCACGUAGAACACAUAGGGGCUUAUUCACUCAUUAUCUGCACGUAGAACACAUAGGGGCUUAUUCACUCAUUAUCUGCACGUAGAACACAUAGGGGCUUAUUAACUCACUAUCUGCAUGUGGAACACAUAGGGGCUUAUUAACUCAUUAUCUGCAUGUAGAACACAUAGGGGCUUAUUAACUCAUUAUCUGCAUGUGGAACACAUAGGGGCUUAUUCACUCAUUAUCUGCACGUAGAACACAUAGGGGCUUAUUCACUCACUAUCUGCAUGUGGAACACAUAGGGGCUUAUUCACUCACUGCAUCUGCAUGUAGAACACAUAGGGGCUUAUUCACUCACUAUCUGCAUGUGGAACACAUAGGGGCUUAUUCACUCACUGUCUGCAUGUGGAACACAUAGGGGCUUAUUCACUCAUUAUCUGCACGUAGAACACAUAGGGACUUAUUCACUCAUUAUCUGCAUGUGGAACACAUAGGGGCUUAUUAACUCAUUAUCUGCAUGUGGAACACAUAGGGGCUUAUUCACUCACUAUCUGCAUGUGGAACACAUAGGGGCUUAUUCACUCACUAUCUGCAUGUAGAACACAUAGGGGCUUAUUCACUCACUAUCUGCAUGUGGAACACAUAGGGGCUUAUUCACUCACUAUCUGCACGUAGAACACAUAGGGGCUUAUUCACUCACUAUCUGCACGUAGAACACAUAGGGGCUUAUUCACUCACUAUCUGCAUGUGGAACACAUAGGGGCUUAUUCACUCAUUAUCUGCACGUAGAACACAUAGGGGCUUAUUCACUCACUAUCUGCAUGUGGAACACAUAGGGGCUUAUUCACUCACUGUCUGCAUGUGGAACACAUAGGGGCUUAUUCACUCAUUAUCUGCACGUAGAACACAUAGGGGCUUACUCACACAGUGUGUUCUGUUAAACUAGCAACAAAAUAGCAGUAUUUAGGGCACAUUGUGUAGACAUUUAAAUAUAUUAUGGGAAAUGUAAAUAUCACCCGUGUGAUGUAAAUGUCUGCAAUUAAGAUUAUACAAUAGCAAAUCUUCUGUUCAAUCAGUAAGCAAAACAUGGCAGAUCAAUAAUAUUUAAACAAAUGGGUUGCAUAGACAUAAAUGUGGUCAAAGCCUCUAAUGAAAGGCAACCAUUAAAUGGGAAAACUCACCUUUAUUCCAGCGCCGCGCAGGUCUGAUGGUGCUCGCUCCGCCCCUGCCCUGCCUCCUGCCUGAGACCAUCAGAAUUUCCUAUGGGAAUGCGCUGGAUUGACUGAGAUUGUCAAUUCUGAUGAUCGCAGCCAAUUAGGCGGGGACAGAGCCAAACACCACGUCUGCUAAUCAGCCAAAGUUCAGUGUUUCCAUGCAGAGCGUGGAGACGCAAAACGUUAGUGCUGCACAACCCAGUAGGCACCUAUAGUGGUUUUCUGAGUGACUGCCACUAGAGGUGUCCCUAGGCAGCAAUGUAAACACUGCCUUUUCUCUGAAAGAGAAGUGUUUACAUUAAAAAGUCUUCAGCGACUGACUAUACUCACCAGAACAACUACAUUAAGCUGUAGUUGUUUUGGUGACUAUAAUGCCCCUUUAAUUUUUAAGGAGGCAAGCUUAUAUUUGUGGUAUAGUAAGAUUGUGUCUUAAUUUUUUUACCAAGAUGAUCUAUCAUAAAUACCAAAUAGCUGAAUGAUGUGGAUAUCAAAACUUAAUGGAAAAAUUUACACAGUUGCUAUGGUAAAAAAAUAAACAAGCCCUUCCGUGUUGUCAUGGUGAUACAUAAACUAUGAGGACAGAAUAAACAGCAUAAUGGAUUAAAUAAAAUACAUAUAACACAAGAUGAAAUGUGAUACAUGCAUGGACAUAAAUAUAGUAAUAAGAAAGCCAUAGAUAGAGCAGGUGGUCUUAGCUCAGUCCAAUGUGAAGUACGGAUCCUAAUUUAAAGUCCUCUGGAAUUGUUGUAUUGAUACGUGAAACAAUGCAAUAGAGUGUAUAUUGGUAGCAUACCGCUGCCUUUAUUUACAAGUGUAAUGUCAAUUGGAGAAAAGAACAUACAACGAGCAAUCUCAGCUACAAGCUACUGCCGAGAAAAACAAACACCCCUUGCUACAAAAAUACCACAUUGGCAUUUUGUGGACCAUAGCUACAAGGUGAAUUCAUUAACACUUAAGACGUUUUCUUUAAAAAUGUCAGACCUAUGGUGUAUGUAGUGCCUAUAAUUAAGAUGGAAUACUUAGAAUACAGACAAAGCGAUGUCUUAAAGCACUCAGAAGGGGAUUACAUCUUGUCGACUGUCUGGGACCUGUGCAUUUAAGGAGUUGUAUUCCCCUCAACCUCUAUUUUCUUUACCCUUCUGCAAGCCACUUUUCCAUAACUUUUUGAUAUGACCUAACCAAACUACAAAAUUGUUUUGAGGCGUGCUCUCAAGGCCUGGACUUGUCCACUCAGAUAUUUCCUUGGUUCUGUGAAUUUACUGUUCAGAAACUCCUCAUUGAUUUGUACUUGUCCCCCCAGGCCAAAUGUUAUCCUUUUUUAACUGUUAAUGUGUAUUAAGAAUUUUUCUGAAUGUCCCUGUGUUAAUGUACAUCUUUUCUCGGAAGUUCCACAAAAAAACUUUCCUGGGGAAAAUAUAUAGAUAACAAGUAAUAAAAAUAGUUUUUAGAAGGGCUCUGAUGGGCUUCAAAACGUAGAACUGUGACAAGUAAUAGACGUGAAAAUGUAUCUAUUUAGGACUAUGCUAAGCCAGUCAGUUGGCAAUUGAGCAUGCAAUGUACAACUGCCUUGAUGUCGAAAACAUUCGUCUUAGCUGAGUGUGUAUAACAGAUGGAAGGCUAAAGUUCAUUUGCUCGUUGGCUUUACUUGAACAGGUGCUGUGAUUUUGUAUUUUAUUUCUUUACAAAGAGACUCAGAUAUGGGUGAUGCGAUAGUCAUCUCUUGUGCAAACCGCGUAAUAAUGAGCUGCUCUGAUAAGGAGUUAGACCUGCACAGCUUUUUCCAUCAUGCGAUUCAUCCCGUCUGCUGCUGGUAAUUAAAACCUCCAGGAGAGAAAGUGCGCUGUUUAAAAAUAAACAGAUACAGAUUAACAUCGUUUCCCGAAUGCAAGCUGAAUGACUACGUUUCGGAGAGACCUCUGUCAAAAGUCCCCAUGGGUGAAAAUUAUAGCUUGCCAAAUUGGUUGAUGUGGAGCGUAAACAGGAACCUAUUACCGGUAAUUGGUUUGGAGUAGAAAACCAGAUUUUUCCAUCUUGUCAACACAACAGCACAGGGGGUUUAUUUCCUAAAUACGGAAAUGUGCCGACUUGGCAAACAACGAGCUUAUCCUCCCCAUUGAGCCUAUGUAAGUGCCAUCUUACUAAACCCAGCCAUUCGGCUCUGCAUUUAACCUGUAGAGUUUAUUGUAAAAUUAGAAUAAGAAAAAAACACUUACAUCCCUUUAGUAGCUCUUAUAGAGUGUGCUGACAAAGAAGGGCGUUAAACAUAUAUAAUGCUGUUUAAGUGUCUGUGUGUUAGUAAUGUAUUCACUAGAGUGCUGCUUUGUUGCACUAACAAUAUAGUGUUUCUAGAAAAAACUGGGCAUUAGGAUAGAAAAGAGGGACAGAGGGAUUUUGGCUCAAAGUAGGGACUCUCCUUCCUUGGGAGGUAUAGUGCAGGGUACACCACUGGACUCAACAGUGCUAUAACUGUAUCACUGUUACAUUAUAAUUAUAGUUUAACAUUUCAUGGAUAAAUUUGAUAGCAGUUUGCUAACACAAUGUGAAAAUGACAUCUAUCCUCUUUAUACUUUUACUUGCUUGAUAGGUGCACAUACAUGCAAACACACCUAACGUGCAUGUGUUUGAUCAAUGUAACAUACAUAAAACUUACAGAACACACAUAAAGCAUAUAUUUCGGAAUAAUAACAUACACACAACAUUUAACCUAUUGACAAAUAAAACUUUGGGGUCGCGGCCUCAACCACAUGGCGGAUGGACGCGUUGUGAGAGAGCUCCUGCUUUAGUUUGAAUAAUACGCUCUUAUAGCCCACUCACAAUGCCCUAUCGUGAAUCCCACAGACUCGGGCAGAGGAGCGGAGUCCUCCGUGGUGCCCCACAGCAGGGACAUCCCUGGGAUGCCGGUGAGGCCCUGCACACUCGGAAGUCGGGAGGUGGACGAUUUCCCGAACCAUGAGCCGAGACUUCAAGUCUGUGGACUAAAGCUACCCAGUAACCCCCCCCCCCCCGCGCUUUGGAUCGGCGGGGCCAGAGGCGUAACUACAAACCACAGGGCCCCAGUGCAAAUUUUUCCCUCGGGCCCCCUCUAUAGGUUUACCCCCUUCUCAUACAUCUACUUCCCCCCCAGAGGUCUCCCCACCUAAACGUCUACUUCCUCCUGUAGGUCUUCUUCUCCCCUCCCCCCAUAUAUCCAUGCCCCUCCCCACACACACAUGCAGGCAAACAGAUACACAUGCAGACACACAUACAGGCACACACACACAUACAUACAUACAUACACAUACAGACACAUACGGACACAUACAUAUACACACACACACAUAAAUACACUCAGACAUACACACACAGAGACACAUACACACACAUACAUACAGACACACAUGCACACAUACAAAGAAACAUACAUACAGACACACAUACACAAACUCACACACACACAUAUAGAGACACAUACAUACAGACACACAUACAGAGACAUACAUACAGACACACAUACAGAGACACACAUGCAAAAUGUUUAAGUCACCCUCCUGUUUCCUACCUUUUAGAUGCAGGAGGGUGACUUUUCAUGGUUUCCAGUGGUGGCUCAGGCUGAUGGGAGUCUCCUUUCUUCAGCGCAGCUCUUUCUGAUAGCUGGAAGGAUUGACCGGGGCAGUCACUUCCUCCCAGCAUCUGACAUCAUCACAGGGGGCUUGGUUGCGCUGUUAAAGUAGAGCUGACCGAGGCUCUCUGGAUAUUCAUGGGCCACCCGAUGGACACCUUCAAUGCGGCCCCGAGGCCACAAUACAUGGUGGUGGGCACCUGGUCGCAGGGGUCUGCAGGGUGGCAGUGAUAGGCCCAGUCGUAGCUGCGACCCCUGUGUUGAAUAUAUGUGUUGCUUAGCUUGCGAAAUGCUGUGGGGGCACCUCAAGCAUGUUGUACACUUUUGCACCACUUAUGCGCACUUGAAUACGGCUCAGAAUGCCAAAUUCGCCAGACCGAUCUUAUGACGCCUGUAAGCAGUCUAUAGGGCUUUUGUACCAUCCACGAAUCAUAUAAAAUUCUAGGAUGACGUAGGCUAAUAGGAAUGAAGUCCAUAUGAUUUAUACUCGCCUCUCUCACUACAUGUUACCUUGUUGUGGUUCUAUUUAACCCAAUAGUGCGUUUUUAUGUAUCCUUAUUCUGGUAUCUGAUUCUUGGAUUGUUUAACGUACUCAUUUGAUCUCGACUAGUUUACUGUUAUCCAGUUUUCUCCUAUCCUUGAUCCCGGCUAUUCUCUCUAACAUUGUCCAUCAUCAGUCCGGCCACUCUAAGGACUGGUACACGGAAAGUCCAUUUGCUGUGAUAUAGGUCUGUACAUUAAGGUUCCUACACUUUCCUGUCAAAAAGAAAAUCUAUAUACAUUCACAUGUUAAAAAAAUUCAGUAAGAUUUCGAAUAGAUGCAUGCCGACCUUUGAUGUGUUUGUCAUGUAGCUCAUUAUCUUUGACAGCUUUCAAAUAGACUUAUCUCUAUCGAGUUACGCCUUUUGUUUUGUUGCUGGGUUUGUUAUUUCUCUGCACAAUCUGAUAACUAACUGAAAGUUUGCUGUUUGUUGUGUUUUUUUCUUUCUAGUUUAUAUUUUAUAAUUCGCAUCUCUUAUCCUGGUAUCCUGGCACAGAAAUACACAAAUCUCUACUAGAACUGAUAUCCUUCAUCUUUAAUUUUUGUUGGCCAUCAUUACAAAUUUUGCCCUUUUCGGCUAUGGAACAUAGUGGAAGAGGAAAAACUAAACAUGGAUUCAGUUCUCCUAAUUUGCAUUGCGUGCCCUAGCUGUGCCUUGAUUGUACUGGGUUCUGAUGGCACAUACUAAAAUUUUAAGAAGCAUUUUAAAUUGAACCUGUUGUCAAAACAGUCAACUUACCUUAAAUUGCUCCCAUAUAAAUUGAAUACGUUGUAUAUCAAAUACAUAAUGCACUGAAUGUAAAAUAUAGAGAAAUACUUAUCUUUCCCCUGUUCCAGCGCCACCAUCUUCAAGCUUCAUGGGCAUUACACUUUAUGUAAAACCCAUCUUCUUACAAUUUCUGAAUAUAUUAUAUUACUUUUUAUAAUUUCCCUCACUAGACAUUAUGUACAUUAAAUUUGAUUGUAUUUAGAUAAUGCCCAAGUAUCAAUGAAAGCCCCAGGAGAUCUGACAGUUUUGCACCUUCUAACUUUUGCAAUUUCUUUGUCAAUAUUCUACAAAUUCCAUUUUAGUAAAUAAUUCCAUUUAUGUAGAAUCCAUAGUCCAAAAUAUUAUGUUUUUCAGGCCUUGACAUAUUUACGUUUCCUUUCCUUUGAGCGGCUAUAAGGCACUAGGUGAAAAUGGACCAUUUUAGCAAUUGGAAAAUGGAAUUGGGAAAAACCUCCACUAAGGGUCAGGACUGCUUCUAAAGUACCAGGGGUGAUACUGCACUGACAUUGUAUUCAGGGGAGGAGAGAUGAAACUCCGAGAUAUGACUGUGCUGCAAGAAUUGCAAACAAAUUAUAUAUUGAGAGAGGAAUGGAAUUUACAUUUCACAAAUUAAAUAUUUUCUCCUAACAUAAGGAUGGACCUUCCCUUUAUAUAAAUUUACAUAUGGUGCUUGUAUUUUCAUUAUAAAUAUUGAAAAGCAUUUAUUUUUGGUUUGUUUAUUUUUAAACCUAAUGCUGAUCAUGACGUUUCACCCCCCUGUUUUCGAGGUUUGUUCGCCAGCAGUGAGAGAGUUAAUGUAUGCAAUAUGUAUAGGUCCCCCCAUCUCUUCUAUAGUGCUUUGCCAGUCAGUGACCUGUAUCUGCUGUUCACCUGUCUCAGGGAGCCUGCAGCUGAUAACUAGCUCAGCCAAGCAGAACUUCAUUUCAAUCUGCAGUGGCUGCUGCCUGGGUUCUUAAAGGGACACCGUAGGCUCUGUAUCUGCUUCAUCUCAUUAAACUGGUUAUAGUGUAUGGAGUCCCCUGGUGCCAUCAUUUCUUUCAGCAUUAAACAGUUUUUAAUGUUGUAAUGUUUUAAUGCUAAACAAGACACCACGGCAGUCCAAUACCUCUGUGUUGCGUUGGCUAAUAAGGAAGUAUUACCCUGAGCAGCAAUGGGCAGCUGUGAUUGGCUGAGAGUGUCAGCUGAAUGAUUUUAGCCUGUCAGAGUUCCAACUGACGGUAUGAAUGGGUAUGACAACUAGGAAGUGUGUAAUCUCUGCCUUAGCUACAGAUACAGAAGGGGCCGGACUGUGGGUGGCCAGGGACUCUUAUUUUGUGGCAUACUGCACAAACAUGGUGCAACACUGAAUGGAGGGACAGUACCAGGGCACUCCAGGCACUAUAACCAAUUCAAAGAGACAAAGUGGUUGUAGUGACUACAGUGUCCCUUUAAAUAGGGUAAUAACCUGAGCGUGGGCUCUGCCUGAAUUAAACAUAAACUCACCAGUUAAUCCCAAUCCCUGUCUGUGUGACGGCCAUUCCUCGGGAUUGUGGUGUGUAUUGAUUGGUUCUGUUAAAAAUAAUAAAUAUCUGUGUUUAUGCCCCGUAAAUGUUUAACGUUUACAAUCUACAGACUGAAGUAGUUAAAGGAACACUCUUUGCACCAAAAUAUUGAUGCAGUGGUUUUGGUGCACAGAUGCUGUUCUUUACCUCUGACAAUGUAAAUCAUUGCUGUUUGUUAGAAAUGGCAAUGUUUACAUUUGUCAUAGAAGACUUCUCUAAUGAUUAUCAGAAUGACAGAUACUAGAGGCGCUUCCUUAUGAAGACUUUUAAAUAAAGGUCUUCACAUUCUGUGACAUCACCCUCGCUGUGCCUCUCACAGUAAAAGCACCGAAUUCGAUGCUUCUCUAUAAGAAUUUGAUUGGUGGUGCUGUGGCUAUUACCACGGAUGAGUUGCAGGUCUCCAAAGUUCCUUUUUGAGAAGCAUCGAAUUCUACAAAGAUCAUCACAGCUCAUGACCAUAGGUCAGUUUAACAGCAAAAAAAACCCAAUUCUAAUUCUAAGAUAUAAAUUUAACCACUGAAAUUACAAAGUUAUCUAGGUUAAAACAUUUCACACAUUUCUUUCUGCUGUUGAAAGAGGCCUACAUCCAUGUGUUUACACAGAGCAGCAAUUGGCACCUCAUGCAUUAAACAUGAAAAUCACGCCAUAUGUGAGAUGGUAGUCCAUGGCUACCAGAUAUGAUUGACAGCAUAUGAUGUAUGCAAUCACCCUUUAAAGCUAUCACACUAAAAAGGAUCCUUAUAGGAAAUAUAACAUGUGCAACAUGUUGACAACACUGUUGUCAGCAGAAUUGAAAUUGGAAAAGUAGUAUAGAAAGGACUGGAGGACCAAUGUCAGAGAUCUAGAGGCAAUUAUAGCAUUUUAUAGGACAAAUAUAUUUAUAGGACUCAGUAUUGUUCUAUACAGUGAAUAGAUUGUGCACUGCCUAACUACUGCACUUACUGCACAUCAUCUAAUAUAACCUGUAAAGUGCUGAGUACACCUGUUAGUACUAUAUAAAUAAAAUAUAUAUACACUGUAUACAUAAUGCACUUACUGUACCUCCCUCUACUGUAAUAUAACCUGUAAAGUGCUGAGUACGCCUGCUAGCGCUAUAUAAAUAAAAUAUACAUACACUGUAUACCUACUGCACCUCCCUCUACUGUAAUGUAACCUGUAAAGUGCUGAGUACACUUGUUAGUGCUAUAUAUAUAUAUAAAAUAUACAUACACUGUAUACCUACUGAACUUACUCUACCCCCCUCUACUGUAAUGUAACCUGCCAAGUGCUGAGUACACCUGUUAGCGCUAUAUAAAUAAAAUAUGCAUUUACUGUAUACCUACUGCACUUACUGCACCUCCCUCUACUGUAAUGUAACCUGUAAAGUGCUGAGUACACCUAUUAAAUAAAAUCUACACACACUGUAUACCUACUGCACUUACUGUGCCUCCCACUACUGUAAUUUAACCUGUAAAGUGCUGAGUACACCUGUUUGCGCUAUAUAAAUAAAAUAUACAUACACUGUAUACCUACUGCACUUACUGUACCUCCCUCUACUGUAAUAUAACCUGUAAAGUGCUGAGUACACCUGUUAGCGCUAUAUAAAUAAAACAUACAUACACUGUAUACCUACUGCACUUACUGUACCUCCCUCUAAUGUAAUGUAACCUGUAAAGUGCUGAGUACACCUGUUAGCGCUAUAUAAAUAAAAUAUACAUACACUGUAUACCUACUGCACUUACUGUACCUCCCUCUCCUGUAAUGUAACCUGUAAAGUGCUGAGUACACCUGUUAGCGCUAUAUAAAUAAAACAUACAUACACUGUAUACCUACUGCACUUACUGUACCUCCCUCUACUGUAAUGUAACCUGUAAAGUGCUGAGUACACCUGUUAGCGCUAUAUAAAUAAAACAUACAUACACUGUAUACCUACUGCACUUACUGUACCUCCCUCUACUGUAAUGUAACCUGUAAAGUGCUGAGUACACCUGUUAGUGCUAUAUAAUAAACUAUUCAUUCACUGUAUACCUUCUGCACUUACUGUACCUCCCUCUACUGUAAUGUAACCUGUAAAGUGCUGAGUACACCUGUUAGUGCUAUAUAAAUAAAAUAUACAUACACUGUAUACCUACUGCACCUCCCUCUACUGUAAUGUAACCUGUAAAGUGCUGAGUACACUUGUUAGUGCUAUAUAUAUAUAUCUAAAAUAUACAUACACUGUAUACCUACUGAACUUACUCUACCCCCCUCUACUGUAAUGUAACCUGCCAAGUGCUGAGUACACCUGUUAGCGCUAUAUAAAUAAAAUAUGCAUUUACUGUAUACCUACUGCACUUACUGCACCUCCCUCUACUGUAAUGUAACCUGUAAAGUGCUGAGUACACCUAUUAAAUAAAAUCUACACACACUGUAUACCUACUGCACUUACUGUGCCUCCCACUACUGUAAUUUAACCUGUAAAGUGCUGAGUACACCUGUUUGCGCUAUAUAAAUAAAAUAUACAUACACUGUAUACCUACUGCACUUACUGUACCUCCCUCUCCUGUAAUGUAACCUGUAAAGUGCUGAGUACACCUGUUAGCGCUAUAUAAAUAAAACAUACAUACACUGUAUACCUACUGCACUUACUGUACCCCCCUCUCCUGUAAUGUAACCUGUAAAGUGCUGAGUACACCUGUUAGCGCUAUAUAAAUAAAAUAUACAUACACUGUAUACCUACUGCACUUACUGUACCUCCCUCUCCUGUAAUGUAACCUGUAAAGUGCUGAGUACACCUGUUAGCGCUAUGUAAAUAAAACAUACAUACACUGUAUACCUACUGCACUUACUGUACCUCCCUCUACUGUAAUGUAACCUGUAUAGUGCUGAGUACACCUGUUAGUGCUAUAUAAAUAAAAUAUACAUACACUGUAUACCUACUGCACUUACUGUACCUCCCUCUACUGUAAUGUAACCUGUAAAGUGCUGAGUACACCUGUUAGCGCUAUAUAAAUAUAAUAUACAUACACUGUAUACCUACUGCACUUACUGUAUCUCCCUCUACUGUAAUGUAACCUGUAAAGUGCUGAGUACACCUGUUAGCACUAUAUAAAUAAAAUAUACAUACACUGUAUACUUACUGUACCUCCCUCUACUGUAAUGUAACCUGUAAAGUGCUGAGUACACCUGUUAGCGCUAUAUAAAUAAAAUAUACAUACACUGUAUACCUACUGCACUUACUGUACCUCCCUCUACUGUAAUGUAACCUGUAAAGUGCUGAGUACACCUGUUAGCGCUAUAUAAAUAAAACAUACAUACACUGUAUACCUACUGCACUUACUGUACCUCCCUCUACUGUAAUGUAACCUGUAAAGUGCUGAGUACACCUGUUAGUGCUAUAUAAAUAAAUAUACAUACACUGUAUACCUACUGCACUUACUGUACCUCCCUCUACUGUAAUGUAACCUGUAAAGUGCUGAGUACACCUGUUAGUGCUAUAUAAAUAAAAUAUACAUACACUGUAUACCUACUGCACUUACUGUACCUCCCUCUACUGUAAUGUAAUCUGUAAUGUUCUGAGUACACCUGUUAGCGCUAUAUAAAUAAAACAUACAUACACUGUAUACCUACUGCACUUACUGUACCUCCCUCUACUGUAAUGUAACCUGUAAAGUGCUGAGUACACCUGUUAGUGCUAUAUAAAUAAAACAUACAUACACUGUAUACCUACUGCACUUACUGUACCUCCCUCUACUGUAAUGUAACAAGUAAAGUGCUGAGUACACCUGUUAGUGCUAUAUAAUAAACUAUUCAUUCACUGUAUACCUUCUGCACUUACUAUACCUCCCUCUACUGUAAUGUAACCUGUAAAGUGCUGAGUACACCUGUUAGUGCUAUAUAAAUAAAAUAUACAUACACUGUAUACCUACUGCACUUACUGUACCUCCCUCUACUGUAAUGUAACCUGUAAUGUUCUGAGUACACCUGUUAGCGCUAUAUAAAUAAAAUAUACAUACACUGUAUACCUACUGCACUUACUGUACCUCCCUCUAAUGUAAUAUAACCUGUAAAGUUAGAGUUAUGUUAUGUAUUACAAUGAAUGUAUACUGUUAUAGGAAUUGGUGCGUGUAAUUUCUUACUGUAUCUGCUAGUUCUACGAAUGGAGUUUGAUCGCACAGAUAGGUAAUGGCAGGAGUGUAUUGCUUUUUAUGUUCUCAUAGUUCUACGACUGUCAUUGUGUUAUUUUAGGAUUGUUAUUAUGAAGCACGUCAUGUGUGAGAUUAUUAGUGGAGUUUUGACAGAUCCCGAGGUGCAGUUGUUAUGGGAACAGAUACGAUUGCCUUUCUACCAGGUGCCGCUGGUGAUAUGGAACCGAUAAGGAGCUUUGACGUCAGCUGGGUCAGUGUGACUGCAGCAUGUCUCUAUCAGCGACCCAUCACUCAUUUAAUAUGAUGUAUAGGCUUUGAGUCACAGCUAAUCCCCCUUCUCAUCCGUGCUAACCGAUCGCUUUGAGCCUGGAGCAGCUGGCACGGCUAAAAAUAAACUCCAAGCCAUUUAUUUAGGAACUCACCCAUAAAACACCUUCUCUGCACCAUUAACCACCUACAUGCUGUGAUGCCCAGCUACUGCUUCAUUGCUACAAGUUACACGUUUUAGCCCAUCGUCAUGUAGUUAUAUGGUUCUCAGGUGUAACGUUUCUCAAAAAAAUCCACGCAAUUCUACAUUGGAAGCAACCAUAUUAUCCUGUUAUAAACAGUAAAUUGUUAUUUACUAAAUUGUCUGGAAAGUAAAAGUGAAUUAAACAAAAUUGAAUUCUCAAAGUCAGAUAUGUUUUCAGUGUGAAUUUUCUGAAAUUCAAACUGAUUUUUAGAUUUUAGGCCACAGUUGACAAACAUUAGUGAGUAACCUUGUAUAUAUGUUGAACAGGUCGCCGAUAACGGACAGGAUAGGGCUAAUAAAAUGCAGCACUAUAAUGCAUGAUUGCAGUAUAAAAAUCAAUUAAAUAAUCAAAGCGGUUCUUUUGGAAUUUUUUCUUGAUUUGUGAAUUGAUAUUCUUGUUGCACCAGAGAUAAUCUAUAGACUGCAGUAUUUUUAAUGUAUUGCUAUUAAUAUGAAUAAGUAACACGUGUCAACAAAAGCACUGGGUCUUAUUAUUUACUAAACAGUGAAUCGUAGCAAAGUGAAAACCAAAAUGGUGACUAUAGUGGAGUUGGAUAGUUUUAUUUUUUGAAUUAGCACAUUUUGGCUAGAUGUUGAAAUUUCACGCCUUCCAACAUUUCAAAUGGAUAAAGAGGGGCACUUUAAUUUUAGGGGUGUGAGUGGGAGUGUGGCCAGGAGCAGGGUUGUGCUGAGACAUUUUAGUGACUCAUUAAUAACAAUUUAUGUAACUAAAAUGUAACUUAAAUCAAGAACAAUCUAUCUUCUUUACACAGGCUAAUUUCUAAACAGAUUUACUGUAGUUUAAAGAGUAGUUUUUAUUAGGAGAAUUAUUGCUGUGGAGCUCUGCUAUACACUCAGACACACCAACAAUAUGGAGCUCGUAGAAACGAGGGACAGAGGGAUUUGGGUCCAAAAUAGGGACUGUCCUUCCUAAAUAGAGACACUUGGGAGGUAUGCAAUUUGAUUUCAAUUCAUUACAUCUCUGUGUAUAUUGAAAACCCCACUGCCUAUUCCAGCUCUCUACAUCCCAUUGCAUAUAAGUAGAUUGUAACAAAGAAAUGGAUUAAAAUGAAUCCCUUGUUUUCUCAUUCCAUGGCCUGUCUCUUUCAUUAGUAUUCUGUGAUUUCUCUGCUUAUUCUCGGUCUCAUUCUCCCAAGGGUGCUGUCAUUUUGCAUCUAUUUACGUAGAAUUAUUUCGAUGCUGGGAGGACCUGCUUUGAAUUUUCGACGUAUUUGACCAGAUCAAAAUAGACAUGUAUUGAACUUCCAGACAUUGUGUAGGGUCAUUGUUUGACAGCUCCAUGUCGGGAGAGAUUGCAGUAUUAUAAAGUGCCAAAUUGAAGAUUUGGAUUGGAAAUUCACAGCAUUCUAAAUCUUAGGGGUUUAUUCUCUAAAUUCCAAAUAAAAAUCUGAAAAAAAUUCUGGAAGUCAACAGUUAACCUGAAUUACGCAGUUCUCGUUUCAAUUUGCUACAAUUCAGAGUUUAGUUAAUAAACAUGUUACAUAAAAAGCUGAAAAUAGGACUACAGCUCCCAUGAUGCUUUGCAAACCACUAUAUACACUGUAAAUUAAAGAUUAUUCGUCCGGUGAUGCAGAUGCAAAACAGUUGGGUAUAAAUAAGUUCUAUUAGAUAAACAGAAUUAUGGAGUGAAGGUGAUUCUUCGCUUAGUAUAAUCUGUUCUUGAAAACACUGAGCUCCGGAGAAUAGAGAAUGUUUUAAAUAUGAGUUGGAGGCACUAUGCAAAGGUCAUCAUAUGUAAUGUUAGUCCAAUCAAUAUAUGAAACAAUAUAAUCCCGACAUACUGAAAUUUGUGUAUUAUUAACGCACAUGCAGGCAAUGCCUAUUUUAAAUUGCUUAGUAAAUGUGUCAUUACAUGAGUGCCAGUAUCAUUCCAAUAUACUAUUUGUCCAAUUAAAUAAUAAUAUUAAUAAUAAUACAUUUAGGAAGUAUUAAAGGAUUGUAGAAUGCUGUGUGAAUCUGCGUGUAGAAGUAUGGCAGCUCUCUGGAUAAUUAGGGAUGUAGUGGGAGUUUAUUCUGACAUCCUGCAACACUUUAAUGACUUCACAAUGUCUCCCUGGACCAUGUAUGUUUCCUCCUGAACCGUAUGUAAAUAAGGGGUUAAUUUAACCUGGGCUAAUUGUACUAUAGGUCAAACUAGGGGUGACAUGGAUGGGUGGUUUGAAACUCACUUAAAUAUGUACGGGAACAGGGGGGGUGUUUAUGAAAGAGCUAAUUUCUACUACAAUUGGCACUUUUAUAAAAAAAAAUAAUUAAAAAAGAGGACACACUCUUCUGUUAAUUCUUCUCCUCCUUUUUUUUAUCAUUUAUCCUCUCGGCCUCUUCCCUCCACACAGUCCAUAAGAUGUACUGUGGGUUUGCAUGCACUAAUAAGUCAUUUAAAUAAAUAUGUAUUCUUCAAAUAAUACUUGCACAUUUAUUUUUAUGUUUUCUUGAAUCUGAAAUUUCUCAUAUCUUUAAAAUAAAGAUGUUUUGCAGAUGAACAAAUUUUUUUUGUCUAAAUUUCACCAUUUAGUUUUUCAUUUUCGCUGCUUAGGAUUUCAGUGCAUAAUCUUCACUGUGCAACUUAGAUCUCUGUCUGUAUUUAUUUAGUCUUUCAAAAACACCCCAAAGGAUACAUUGCUACUAUUUGCAUGUGUUAUGGUGCAUAGAGGUCCCUUGUCUCCAUUCACUUAGCAUCUUCCAAGCAGAUCAGUCUGAAAAAAAAUAAAUCACUGCAUCUACAAGUUCACCCCUGCAUCAAAUACGUCAUAAAUGGAAGCUAGGCUUUAAACGGAACAUAUGUGUAUUAGACUGUGCCCGCAAAAUGGACCGAACCUCCAUUAAAAUCACUUGGGGACAGUGGGUUAUGCAAACUUGCCAAAUAUAACAGCAGGCUAGUGAAUAGCUACAACAGCUGAACAUAAUUAUUUUAAAUAACUUCUUGGAAUAUUCUCGAUACUGGUACACGCCAACCAGACCGGCUGGAAAACUACGCACGUUGCAAGUCACUAUGGAUGGCGAAGUUUAACUUCAAGUUAAUCAGUUACCCUGCUGUAUAAUCUAGCUCUGAAUUCAUGUGAGUCACAGCUCAAAAAAAAAUUAACAUUCAGAAUGAUGCGUAAGACGUGGUUGAACUGCAAAUUUAGACCUUCGUAACCAUGUGUUAUUGUCAGAAAUUGGGGCGAUAAUCUGGGUGUUGAAGUGUGAAUGAGAGAAUAAAACACCUUUUUAUUUUGUAUCACUGAAAUACCUGUGUGCCAAAUCUUCAAUGUGAAAUUAUUCUUUGCAGGGGGAAAAAUGUAUUGAAGGUAAAUUCCUACUUUUCUCUAAAAGCCGUUUAUGCCUUUCAGAAACGGUAUUUUUCACGAGAAUCACACCUGAUUUGUCUGUCCAUCCACAUAAUGUCUGUGUCGAGGUAUUAUUGGUGUAGAACUCUGUAAAAGGACUCCAAAGGACCAUAACAGUGGACUGUAAUGGUUAUAGUGGCAGGAGUGCCACUUGCCCCUCCCAUGUAAAUAAUGAAACCAUUUUAUAACGCAUUGACUUGUUAUCUGGUAUCCACCAGGUGCCGCUAUCUGCCUCUUCCAUCCUAGUAGGCUGCUCUCUCCCCUUUGCCCAGUGGGUGUUCAUGGUGUUAGGAGUGUUUCUUUAAGUUCCUGGAAAAGAGGCACAUUGCAAUAGACAAGACAGCGAGAUUGAUUUGGGCCCAAAAGAGAGACUACCUCUCUUAAAGUGGGACAUUUUAAUUAAAUUAAAUAAACAAAUAUAUAUAUUAAAAUUAGACAUGCUCCUUUAUUUUAGAUUAUUGGCCCUGCUGUUUUUUUUCUUUUAAUUCAUUAUUAAUUUCCCAUGGAACUGAAAAGGACUGUAGUCACCAAAACAACUUUAGCUUAAUGAAGCAGUUUUAGGUUAUAGAUCAUGCCCCUGCAGUAAACUAUGCUCAAUUUUCUUCAAUUUAAGACUUAAAAAUCACUUUCUUUAUGCAGCUCUAACCACACUUCCCUGCAUGUGAUUUACACAGCCUUCCUAAACACUUCCUGUAAUAAGUCAGCUAAUGUUUAUACUUUACCUUUAUUGCAAAUUCUGUUUACUUCAGAAUGUCUCUUUAACCUUAUUCCAACGCCAGGAGAGCCUCUCCACCUGUGAUUAAAGGGACAUUAUAGGGUCUGGAACACAAACAUGUAUUCCUGACCCUAUAGAGCUAAACCCACCAGUUAGGGGGCUUGCCCACUUAAAAUCAAUUAAAACUUACCUUAUUUCCAGUGCGGCACGGGUCUGCCGGCACUGGCCCUGUCCCCUUGGUGACAUCAUCAGAAUUGCAGAUUUUUAACCAAUCCAAUGCUUUUCCAUAGGGAAAGCAUUGGAUUGGCUGAAAUCGUCAAGGGGACGGGGCCAAACGCCAUUUUGGCCAAUCAGCACCUUCUCAUUUUCUCUAUGAGGAAAAUUCAGCAUCCCGAUGCAGUGUGUGGAGAUGCUGAGUUGCAGUGCUGCCUACUGUGCAGCACUGAGCCAGGAAGCACCUACAGUGGCCAUCUGAGGAGUGGCCACUUGGCGGUGUCCUUAGUGGCAAUGUAAAAGGCAGUGUUUGUAUUAAAAAUCCUGAAGGCAAUUAUUAUACUCACCAGAACAACUACGUUAAGCUAUAGUUGUUCUGGUGACUAUAGUGUCUCUUUAAGUCAGUUCUCAUAACUUUUAUCGAAUCUCUCAUUUGGAAGACGCUUUGGCGUAUGUGCGGCUAUGAACAUGCAAUCACCAAGUCACUGUUUUCAGAAUAUACGUUUAUGUAGUUUUUUUUUUUUUUGUCAAAGUAAGAUCUUCAAUAGAUUUAACAGAUAACUGACAGCUAGAUCGUCCAAAGACAAACCUGAUUGUCAAACUGAAGACUUUUUUUCCUCCUCUUUGCAGCACAGAUUACAAAUUCUUUUAGGAUUUUUGUCUUGUUCUGAAUAAACACUGGGAACAGGUAUAUAAAAGGUUGAACUUCAUAUUCGUCCUUUACCGACCUCUGUAUUACUACGUAUUAUUGCAGAGACGGGUUGUGAAUGAUAGGCGUUGCAUUCCAAUGUUUAAGUGCUCUUAUGUUGGAGAUGGUUAGUGUUUGCAGCACAAUUAAUUUUAUAUAUAUAUAUAUAUUUUAUUUUUUUUACUCCUACUGAUUGAUUUAAAUCAAUAUUUAAAAUCAGUAAAAGUCUGUGUUAUUUAUUUUAUCUGUGAGACCCCAGGAUAUGGCUUGGUUUCUCCAGAUGGUUGUGUCUGAGAGAUAAGCCCAGGUUUCAGUGAAUUAUUGGUUUGAAGGAAAGGCUGUGUCCAUUAUUCUGGGAGAUAAUAAUGUAACAGACACAGGCACACAGACUAGUCGCACUAUCCUGAGACAGACUGCCUGAUAACAGGGCUGCAGGUCUGACAGAUAAGUUUGUGGCUGGCAACAGUCUGCCCAAUGAGUCUAGCAAUCUGUCGGAGAGCUGGUCUACCUUCUGGCACAACAAAGUGUCUUAAAACGGCCAGUGAGGCAGUGUGUGUGUGUUCUAAUUUGCUUUCUGCAUAGAAUUUUUUUAAAUUAGAUAUUUUUUUUCUCCUAUCAUCCCCAGCCAACCAGUUAUUGGGUGACCCUCACCGAGGUGGGUAGGGGUUCCAAUUCUGAUGGUAGUUGUUGGGAUGUGCUGAUCUCUCAGUCCUGGUGCAAUCUGUAUUUAGAUACAUUUUCUCAAUGUUACAAAAACACACAUUAACGUGUGAAUUGCCAGAAUUCAUAGUGAAUUUCAAAUUUUAGACCCGAAAUAGCCAAAGUGAAAACAUGGGUCAUUCUUUUCAAUUUUACUAUUGUGGCCUAAAACUUUCACUUUUAAUUCACAAUAAUUCACAUUUCAGUGAAUAAACUUGAUGGUUGGGGACACUGUGCAUAUUGACUGAACUGUGAGCUGAUAGCUGAGUGCAGUGCGGCGGGAUUUGGAUUGAUAUAUACUUAUUCACUUUACAUUGCACAAUGUCCUCGGCUCUGUUCGCUGACAUAUUUCAAUAUACCUGGCGUUAGUGACUGCUCUCUCCUUUUUUGUUCAUUCUGCUUCGUAUUUCCACUUCAGGGGCUAAAUUUGAUGCCAUACAGAACAUUUUCAGUAAAAUGUCUUUAACCUUCAGAUGUAGAAUGUUCAUUUCGAGUCGGUUAAUUGCUCCGCAUAAUAGCUCUAUCUGCUGAAUCACUCGGUGCAAAUGUAUCAGGCUAUUAGCAGAAUGACUUGCCAUCAAGAAUUAACCUGACCCGCAGAACAAUUGACAGACACCUUUACUCCAUCCGAAAGGACAGAUCUGCUCUCGUAAAACGGAGGCUUUUAAGCUGUUAUGUUGGAAUUUCAAAGACAGCUAAUUAAAACCCUUUUUCUAUAUCUUGUACCCGACUCAGGUCCUUUGAUUUGUGACCGUUCACGUUGGAUGAUUUUUUAUUUAUUUUUUUGUUAUCUCAAUGACGAAGAUUCUAUAAAUGUCCAUCUGUUGCUUCCAAUAAGAGGGUGUCUACAUGGACAAAACAGGAAAUUACCGUGGCUGUCCUUAUAAUGUCAGACUGGCGGGGUUUCAGUGUCUGAUUAUAAUGCUUUGUUAAAUUAAGACUGGUAAUUAGACAGUGAAUGGCUAUUUCACUUGCAGAUGGUUACCGAGUCACUGAGCAAUACAGGGGUUUUAAAAUGGCAAUGUUAGAUUUGAAAGAUUCUGCGACCUUGGGAAGACUGUAGGUCAAAUACACUCAGAGCAGCACUGUUGCUCUACUCGUUAGUCAUUUUGAGUGUGACAGCCAAAUAGUACACAUGCUCACUCAACAGCGUCUAGCACCCCACUGACUAGUACAGUGAAGUGGUCAUUGUUCAUGCAUGCGCAUUCCAGUCCACUGUCGAUGUUGCGCACACUGUUAAAUUUAAAAGAAGAAAAACUACCACAACAAGAGGACAUAGUCUUAAACUAGAGGGGCAAAGGUUUAAAAAUAAUAUCAGGCAGUAAUUUAUUUACUGAGAGGGUAGUAGAUGCAUGGAAUAGCCUUCCAGCUGAAGUGGUAGAGGUUAACACAGUGAGGGAGUUUAAAUGGACACUGUAGGCACCCAAACCACUUCAGCUCAUUGAAGUGUUCUGGGUACAUUGUCCCUAUUUCCCGUAGUACUGCAAUGUUAAACAUUGUAGUUCCAGAGAAACUGUAAUAGGUAAUUGCAGCACCAAGUCUGCCUCCAGUGGCUGUCUACCAGACAGCCACUAGAGGGCAUCCUGGAUUGAAAUGGACUUUUGGUCUGUUGUCUGACGCUGGACGUCUUCACGCUCUGCAUGAAGACAUCCAGCGUCAGAUUUUUCCCCGUAGGCAUUGAUUGCGUGCGUAGCAUUUUCCGCAUAUUAGAGCCUGCUUAUCGCGGGACGGAGGAGGGGCAGAGUGUCGACCCAGUGCAGAGGGACAUCGGCGCUGGGAUCAGGUAAGUAAAUUAAGGGUUUUUAACCCUUUAUUUACCGGGUUGGGGGAAGCUCGAGAGAGGGGGAGCGAUAGUGCCUGGAAUACAUGCCAGUAUCCCAUUAAGCGUGUGUGGGGUAGGCACAAGGCUAUCCUAGAUAGAAGAUAAGGCCAGGUAUUAAUGAAAGAUGGGCCAAACGGUUCUUAUCUGCCGUCACAUUCUAUGUUUCUAUAAACUAUGGAUAAUUUACAGGUCCAAUGAUAUCUUUAAAUUGCUAAGCCAAACUAAAAGCUGUUUAUCUUUGAUACACUGACUUAUUUUUUUCCCCAUUUUCUAACUUUCACGGUCACCUCCUCCAUACUUGAUGGAGCUGUCCUUUUCUUUGUAAUGGGAGCCAAUGGCUUAUUUUAUUCAUACCUCCCAAUAUUUCAAAUUGAUAGAACACUUUAAUUUCAGGGGUGUGAGUGGGGGUGAUAAAGGACGGAACUGUUUAUGUAACUUGAUACUAAAGUAUGCAGUUAAAACGUUAUAUAGAACAUGAACUGAUUUCUAAACACAUUUAUUGUAGUUUAAAGGGACAUUUUGUCUCAACGAUAUGGUCUGGGUGCCCUGUCCCUGUCGCUUUAAUUCUGUAACUAAAAACAAGUGCUGUUCCGCAGGGUUUAAAUGCCCCUAGUGGCUGUCAGUCUGAGUACGACUAUAGGUGAAACUGGUGUAGCAUCAGGCAGCUCAGGCCUUUACAGCACAUGUGCACAAGCGUCACAAUAAUAUCCUACGGGAAAGCAUUGGUUUGGCUGAGAUCAUUAAUCUUGAUGAUCUCAGCCAUGAGGUUGGGAUAGCAUCGCGGAAACUGGAGUUUCAAUGGGAGAUAAGGUGGGGCAAGAUGCCUAAAUGAUUAACAGGGCACCAUAGCGUUAGGAAGGAAUACACAUUUAUAAUUGCAGAUACACGAGACAAAAGAUUGUUUGAUGUCGUUGCUUAAAGUCUAACAUUUUGUUUCUCCCAUUGAAAUGUUUAUUUUUAGGACACAGCGGGACAGGAGAGGUACCGGACCAUCACAACAGCUUAUUAUCGAGGAGCUAUGGGAUUUAUUCUAAUGUACGAUAUUACAAAUGAGGAUUCCUAUAAUGCUGUCCAAGACUGGUAUGUACAUAGUGAGAUUAAUAUUUUCAGAACAUUUAAAUCUGCACAGCACCAAAAGAAACAUUAAUGGAACACUCCAUUGGGAAAAAAAUGAAAAAUCACUAUUUAGUAAAUAUCCCCACACUGAAACCACUCAUGCAUUUAAUUCAGCAUGUAUGUCCUUUUUCUGACGACUUGGUGUCUGCAGCUUUUGCAAUCCCACCUCUCUGUACGCAGCCUGUCUUAAAUGUUACUGAAGUCUAAAUCUUAAGCGUUAUCUGAGUUGUGGUCUAGGCUAGCAGCAUAUUGUGCAAGACACAGUCCUAUUUAUUUUAAUGAUAGUUUAUUGAAUGUUAACAAAAGAUGUCUUAUUUAUUUUAUAUUUCAUUCUUCAUCCCAUUCUAAUUAAUCCAUGCAAACAUUUUGUGAGCUCCUCUGUCUGCACAGCACGUUUUGUUGUAGGAAAAACCAAUCCUAUGAGAACGAAGGGAUAAUUGGGUAAUUACUGAGUUUCGAUGAGUUGAGAACAGACUUGCUAAUUCCAGAUCAAAAUAGCUGAUUUGAAAAAAUAUCUCUAAGCCACCUGAAUGGGAUGAUUUACCGCCCCCACCUCAUGGAGGCUUAGGAUUUUCAAAUCUUGGAAAGUCAAGUCACCAAGGAUAUAUAUUUAUUACUUUUGUGAAUUGUCAAAACUAUGUGGAUGAAUAUAGAGGAGUAAACUAGAAAACCCUUAGAGCAGUCCAUUUAUUACAGUAACCCGGAUUUGCUGCUCAUUUACACUGAAUGGAUCUGAUUGCAGACUUGUAGAUACACAGCUCUGCUGAAUUCUUAAAGGGACACUCCAAACAACUACAGAACUUUACCUUGCUUUAGUACUUUAUGUUUGAGGAGUGUAUUUUUUUUUUUUUAUUGUACAGAUUAAUCUUGAUACACCCCCUGGUGUAUGUCUAAAAACAGCUUGCAGGAGCUGUAGAUCACUUUCUGCAACCUUUACAAGCCCUCCCCUUCUAACCCCGCCCAGACUUUCUGUGGCUGUCCAAUCACAGACUUCCCAAUGCAGCUCAAUGAUAAGUCUUUGCAAGGCAGGUGCUCUGGGCAAUUGCUGCCUCUUGAAUUUAUCUCCAUAAACAAACCAAUAAGUAACAGAGCCGGUUGUCUGUCUGAGUGACAGCCAGGGGGGUGUAACAAGGUUAAUUUCGAAAAGUGUCCAUUUCUAUUGAAAUCUGCACUUUUUGUAAAAUGAAAAAAGAGGACACAUUCUUCACACAUAACAGCAAGCUAAAGUCCUUCAGGAGUCUGGAGUGUCCCUUUAAGGACCUGCAUGAUUCAUAGCAGAGUGUGUAAGUUAAGAUUAACAUGUCAAGGGAUGUAACUCGAGGACAGUCUGAAAAACGCAGAAAUUAGCCGUGUUUCAAACUCCCAAUACUCUUGGGCAGCAGUAAUUAGCUUAUAGUAUUCCAAUAUAUAUAUAUAUAUAUAUACAAAACAAAGCUAUAACACUUACUUGUGUGCGGUCAUUGUACAUUUAAAUAAGGUGGUUUUGGUUCCUCGGCAUUGGCCAUAAGAGUGUGAGCUCACCUGCCAGCGUCAAGGCAAGCCUUUCAUAAGUCCUGCAGUUCUUAUAUAACUUAGUCACUAAAUCCACAACAAUAAAGGAUUGGGCUUGAGCCCAAGUACGAGACAAAUCUAAUACUAUGAAUGAGGCGGUUAGGUGAAUGAAACUAUACAGCUAAAUGGGCUGCACUAAAGUAAAAAUCAAACAAAUAGACAUAUAGGAUAGUCUGCAAGGUGAAUAACGUGUUCACUGAAAAACGUGAGAAAGGUGGCCGUGGGCUAAAUAAAAGGAGCCAAAACUUAUAGCAGAAGUCUUAGAAAUUAAAAUAUUAGCUAACACGACUGAUAGUGAUUCACCCUCCUAGCCCCUCACAGAACUAAAGAGCGACAGGGAAUAUAAAUUUACAGCUAAUACGAAGGAAAGCUGUAUUAACCUACAGAGACCUAUGGGUGGGAAAUAAUAAUAAUAAUAAAUAAUGGCUCUGCUUUAUGGUGCACUGAUGUAGUCAGGGACCUGUAUACUCACCCAGUCUCCACUCCUUUUGAAAUCUUUGAAAACACACUUCUUCAGGAAAGAAUAUCAUUUAAACUGUGAGCAGGUUUUCACCCCCCCCCCCCGACUCCUCUCCUGCAACGGUCGAAAAUAAUCUACUAAAUUCUCAGUGAUUACUUUUCUAGCAAACUACUUCAUUACCCCUACUUAUACCCCACUCCCUCUAUAACCCACUCCCUCCAGCAUGUAAGCUCAUUGAGCAGGGCCCUCAACCCCUCUGUUCCUGUGCGUCCACUUAUCUGGUUACGAUUAUGUGUCUGCUAGUCCACCCAUUGAACAGCACUACGGAAUUUGUUGUAGCUAUAAAAAUAAUAAAAUAAUAAUAAUAACAAAAGUUUGUAUGUGCACCCUCUGUCCUUGGUGCCCCCAGGUCACCAUAGAUAUUUCUCUAGUGAAGCAGCUAUUCCCUGAUAUACCCUUAAGAGUAGUGGGAUUAUUUCCCACCCAUAGGUAUCUGUAGGUAAAUAUAGCUUACCUUCGUAUUAGCUGUAAAUUUAUAUUCCCCAUCGCUUUUCCCCUUUUAUUUAUUUUAAGUUAUUUUCAAUUAUUUUUUUAAAUUUUAAUUCCGUGAAGCUUGGUUUAACUUUUCCUUUGUUUUCCUUUUCUCAGGGCCACCCAGAUAAAGACGUAUUCCUGGGACAACGCGCAGGUCAUUCUGGUUGGGAAUAAAUGUGACAUGGAAGAUGAGCGAAUUGUUCCAUCGGAGAAGGGGAAGCAGCUGGCCGAUCAGCUAGGUAUGUGUUAUGCAGCAGCCCCCCCUUCUGUUUGCCAGUAGUACUGCAAGCAUCUUUAUAUUGGCAUGGUCAUACACACAGCUUACACUUUAUUGAAUAACUAUUGCACUUGGCUAAUAAUUGGAAGUUUUUUGCUGCCGACCAGGUGUUACGAAAAGUUACUCGUCACCACAAAGCAAACAUGUACAGGAUAUUAGUCUUUGAUUGAUAACACGUCCCUCCAACAUACAAUGUUAGGGUUGUAUUUACCUGCGGUGUCAGUUUUUGAAUGCAGGGGGUGUAUGGUUAACUUAUCAAUAUUAAAAGCAUCUGUGAAGCACAAAACAAAGUAUAUACCCCCUAAAACUCAGAUUCUGAAUAGUUUUCCCUUUAAGUCUUUUUUUGUGGGCUUGUGUCACAGUCACAUUUCUGAGCUUUACAAAUGUCUGCCCUUGCAGGGCAAAAUAAGAAAUGAAUACUUUAUGAGUAGUGAUCAGUUCAGUAUUUAAAUCAUUAAAAUGUAUUAUUUAGGGACGGGGCCUAACCGCCAUGCCGAGCGGUCGCACAUGAAACGAGCUCCUGUCUAAACUAUAAGAAAAAGCAGAUAAAUCAACUCAAUACCAGAGCAAACCUGACAACCCCUGCUGAAGACACCCUGCGACACAGCCUACGGCAUAUUACAGAUCGAAAGGUAGUUUUACCUCGAUGCAUCUCAGAGAAAUACUCGUGGGGGCAGCUGUGGAGAAUCUCCCUGCUGAUAAUCCUGCCUGGACAAGGAGAGGUGACCGGGCUCCCCGUUCCCCCCCCACCCCCCCCCCGCCGGUGAGGGACAUCCCGGUAAAUAAUCGGCGGCUCAUCUAACGGAGGGGUCCUAUGUAAUCCUGCAGAAGCCCCUUCAGUCUGAGGCCUUCCACUCAGCUGUCCUAAAAUGGCGGACACGCCAUGUGAAGACAGCCUAGCGACUUCUAUGAGGCGCCUGGACGAAAUCUUCGCCAACUUUUGGUUCGCCACCUACUACCUAUCGACCAGCUAAGCAUGUAACCCCCACACCACGCAUCCCACACCAGCGGAGGUGACUCAAUCAACUCCCUGGCACGUACAAAACUCAGCGCCGCAAUCCCAGGCAGAGAAUCGCAAGGGGGCGAGGCACACCUCGCGCCUCCAGAGGAUGAAGCUUCAAGAGCCACCGGUGGAGGAGCUGCACGCAGCCGGACCGGCAGGAACCGGAGCCCGACUCAAGCCUGGGACAGGCGGCAUGACAAGCUCAGGGCCCUUAAGACUUUCGCACCACAAAGAAGCCAGGUACCAAGACAGGGGAUAGGAUGAUCUGCCACUAAUGUUCUGCCUGGGCAUCUCAGUCACCGUCACGCUUUUAUCUCACUGACUGACUUGCACCAAUCCUCACCUGGACUAUUUGCGCUAAAUGGCCCACUCUGUCGACUUCCCUUGCAACCCUGAUAGUACCCAGUGGCCAUGGCGCUCUACCCGAUCAGAACAGUGGAGCAUAUUGAUUACUUUAUUGUUUAUUGUUGUUUUUCUAUAGUGUCUACCCGAUAAUCUUGGUAUUCCAGGAUAUGCAAACGGAACCGAACUCUAAAGUGACCCUCAUGGUUAAUACGUUCUUGUUUGUUUUGCAUUUUCUACCUAACCUCUUGAUAACUUUGCAAUGUAUUACUCGCCCACUAGGCAUAUUCCCAGACAGCCUGCCACCUGUUAAUUUCGGGCUGACAGGCCUACUUGCCUGACAGUUCAUUUGCUCCCUACUCCCCUCUCACACCUGUGACCCACAGGUAUGCAUUAUAUCGCGUCCUCAUACAAUAACACGUUGGAGCACCUCACAUAGACUGCCUAUAUGGUACUACAAUACACAUCAGACGUGCAAGACUAGCCUGCGUCCAAGAUGCUUCAUUAACAGCAUAAUUAACGCUUCUCACUAUCACUACACAGUACGCAUGUCACACUAACUGUGACAGCCCAGCCACCCGGAUGGGUGACAGCAUAAAGUUUUUUUCUUGUUAUAAGCUGCAAAUACUGUUAAGGAUUAGGACUUACAUGACACCAUCGUAUAAGCAUGACUAUUAUAUUACAAAAAUGUGCAUUCCUAUUGCAUGCCUUGACAUUGAACACCAGUAUUGAAUAUGUCGGUUUGUUUUUGCUGUCAUGGCAUCACAGACCAGCUUGUACCUCACUGCACAAAAAAUAAAGAAUAAAAAAAAAAUGUAUUAUUAAAACUUUGUUAUGUGCCAGGAAAACAUAUCCAUUUUCCUGGCACUGCAGGACCCUCAAGUGCCCCUCUCUCUCCCAGCCCCCAUCCCAAGUUGCUGAAGGGGUUAAAACCCCUCCAGUGACUUACCGGAGUCCAGCGCUGAUGUCCCUCGGCGCUGGAUCAGGCUCCGCCCAUGCUCCUCCCACGCUGCCGUCAGCCGGCGGGGGAUACCUAUCGUGCAUGCGCAGCCGGGGAGACCUAAAGGCAUUGCCGCACACGCACAUUAGACCUUUCCAUAGGAAAGCAUUGAAUAAUGCUUUCAAUGCUUUCCUAUGGGGAUUUUGCGUAGCGUCAUAUAACACACUUUUCUAGUAGACAGCCACUAGAGGAGGACUUAACCCUGCAAGGUAGAUAUUGCAGUUUAUGGAAACUACAAUAAUUACACUUGCAGGGUUAAGGGUGAUGGGAGUUGGCACCCAGACCACUCCAAUGGGCAGAAGUGGUCUGGGUGCCUGGAGUGUCCCUUUAAACAUUAUCUGAGCAUUUUCAUUGACGGUGUCUGAAAAAUAAGCCACAGAUUUAAUCUAGGCGCUGACAAUCUCCAGAGUGCUUGAGAUACAUUAAGGCAAAUAUUGGAAUAAUUCUUUUUUCUUUGCUGAUAUGUUUUCAUUCCUUUACUCCAGAGCAUGUGGAAUUAAAUGCUAGUUGUUUUUAUAACGGCGAUGUAUAUCUUUUUGUCUAACUUAAUGGUAAUUUGGCUUCUGAAAGUUGAACGAUUGAAUCCAUCAUUCAGGAUAUUAAACCUGCAGCAAUGAGGUUUGAACUGACACAUACUAUACUACAACUGAUGUACCAGCCAACUGCCCUAUCUCACUCGCUAUAUUAUAUGUCCUCUACCUGUAGGAAUUGUGAAGCACUGAGAAUUUGUCCAAAAUUUCCAAAAAUAGCCAACCUGAAAAAAAGCUAACUGGGACAAUAACAUUCAUUUCAGCUAUGUUUUGCUUAAAAUGUUAAAAAGGGACACUAGAGUCACCUGAACAACUACAGCUUAAUGUAAACCCUGUAUUUUUAGAGAAAAUUCAGUGUUUACAUUGAUUGAUAGGAAUACCUCCAGUGGCCGUCACUCAGACUGCCACCAGAGGGACUUCCUAUCAUGUAUGGCCCUAAAAAGGCCAUGUACACGUCAGACGUGUAAAAAAAAAAAGACGUAUUACUGUGUGCGCGCCUUCUCUCUCCUGCCUGUCAGCAGAGGAGCAGGGGCGGGCAAAGACCGCGAGCUGAGCUGUCAGUCAGCUCAGCUUGCGGCCGCGCGCAUACGCGGUAGUGCGCUCAGGACUUCAUAGGGCGGCAUGAAUGCCACCCUAUGAAGUAUGUGGGCAUGUGCGGCGAAGCCGCGCAUGCGCACAAGGGAGCAUGAAUGAAAAGCGUCUGAUUGCUCCCUGCUCGCCCCCGCCUUUUUCAUCAUUUUGACGAAAUAGGGGGCACGGCUUCACAAGGCUCCUGGCGCUGGAACCAGGUGAGUAAAAAUGGCUGCCUGGAGAGUCCCUUUAAAUUCCCAACGGUUGAAAACCUUAAUUUCCCAACAGUUAUUAUUAUUAUUAUUAUUAGCAUGUAUAUUGCGCCAAUUAUUCCACCGUACUUUAUAAUACUAUAGAGGGAGAAGUUUAACAAUACAAAAUGUAAUACAAUACAAAAAAGACAAAAUGUUACAGGAACAAUAGGUUGAAGAGGACCCUGUUCAGAAGAACUUACACUCUAGAGCAGGGGUGCCCAAAGGGUAGAUCCCCAAAUGUUUUAAAACUACAACUUCCAUGAUGCUUUGUCAUUCUAAAGGCAUGCAAAGCAUCAUGGAAGUUGUUGUUUUAAAAUAUUUGGGGAUCUACCCUUUGGGCACCCCUGAUCUAGAGGAUCACACUUAAAAUGACUAAAACUGUAGAGUGCACAAACAGAUUAGAAUUUAAAAUAUACUGAGUAAAAACAGAUUCUGGACUCUGAAUAACAGCUGGUGUGAGAUAUAGGAAAGGAUAUAAUAGUCUACUUGACCCCUUAGUGAAUCUCAUAUUAGGUGACUGUGUUCUGGCCCUGGAAUGAUAUUGAAUAAGGACAGUGCAUUCUCUCUGUGAUCAUGCAGCUCAGAUCAGCAAGUGAGGACAAUGGUAGCUGAUGAAUUUGUAAAACAGACACAAAUUCCACAGUCAGCUGAAAAACUUCUCUUUGUUCCAAUUCGAACCGAUUGUGUGCAUUGUAGCAUUGCUCUAUAGAAGAUCCCUAGUCAUCAGUCUACAUUGUAUCACUCAGGCGUGGGGUAGUCACAGCAGGAUAGGCUGUAGGACUCAAAUCACGGAUUCGUGUUAUGCCACAACUGUAUAACCGACUCUGGAAAAUCAACACCAGACAAUGGAUCCAUGUAUCUCAUUAGCAAGAGCCCCUUCCAUAACAAAGUUUAAAUAAUAUAUUUUAUUUCUGUCUGUUAUAUUUGCAGUGGAAUACCAUAGUCCAAAGAUGGCAAAACAAAGUUUGUUUUGCCAGUUUCUGCUACUAAAAGAGUGAACUAUUGCAUAAAAAUGAUAAAGUAAUACUUUCCUAUUUAAGAGGGAUGCUCUCUUAAAUGCGCCCAAUCCCCUGUCCCUCUUCUAUAUCCUAACGUCCCUCUUUAACAGGAGCUCCAUAUGGUUGGUGUGUCUGAGUGUGUAACCGCAAUAAUACUCCAAGUAAGGUGUCUCUAAACUACAAUAAAUUUGUUUCGAAAUCAGUCUGUGUAAAUAAGAUACGUUGUUCUUGUGUUAAAUUACAUUUUAGUAGCAGAAAUUAGUAACUCACAUAAAAUUUCUCAGAAUAGCCCCACAUCUGGCCACAUCCCAACCACACCCCUAAAAUUAAAGUAUCAUUCUUUGUCCAUUUUAAAUGUUGGGAGUGUUUUCUGCCAUCACAUAUUAAUACUAAUUAUAUCCUGACAUUUAUUGGAAGCCUGUUUGGGUUUUUGGUCCUGUAUUUGUUUAUAGGUCUGCUAUGUUAUAUAGUAUUGGUAGAUGACCUGGGCACUGCUGCGAGUUUGUGAAUUAUAUUCUGCUUGUUGCACAGCUGUAUGUACACUAAGCAGCAUUGAUAACGGACUUCCAAGCUUAAUAAUAAAUGAUACAUAGGUUAAUGCAUGUGUGUACUUACAAACACAUAUCUGAGCGAAAAUGAACAUGUAUACAGUGCAUUUAGACCCUUUCAUUUUUUUCAUAUUUUUAAUGUUGCAACCGUAUACUACAAUUCUGAAAUUAUUAUUUUUUUCCUCAUUAAUCCACACUUAGUACUCCCUAAAACUUUUUUAAAACGUUGCAAAUUUAGUAAAAAACAAAAACAAAAAACUGAACUAUCACAUUGACCUAAGUAUUCAGAAUUCUUGCUACAAAUGAAGCGGAGAUGAAUGCCACUUCUCUGUGUCAUCUUUAAGAUGUUUCUAAACUUUGGUUGGAGAACUGUGGCUAAUUCCAUUGAUUGGAUGUGAUUUGGAAUGGCAAACACCUGUCUAUAUAGGUUCUAACAGUUGUAAAAGCAUAUCAAAGCAAAAACCUAGCCACCAAGUCAAAGGAAUUGCCUGUAAUUUUCAGAGACAGGAUUGUGUGGAAGCACAAAUCAGGGGAAUUCUACAAAAAGCUGAAUUGAAGAUUCAGAAGAGCACAGUGGCUUCUAUAAUACUUAAAUGGACAAAGUUUGGAAAAAUCAAGACUCUUCCUAGAGCUGGCAGGCCAACCAAGCUGACCAAUCAGGUGGAGCUCCAGAGAGCAUGUGUAAUAAUGAAAGGAAUUUGUGGAACAAGAACGAUCAUUGCAACACUCAGUUGAUCUAGCUUUUUGGCAGACUUGGCCAGACAGAGGCCUCUCCUUGCUGCAAGACACAUUCAAACAAAAUUCUCUGAUCUGAAGAAACAAAAUACAAGAUGUUUGGCUUCAUGCUUUUUAGGGCAAGGAUUGGGAGAAUGGUUAGGGUUGAUGGAAAGCUGAAUGUAGCAAAAUACAGACAUGUCCUUAAUGAAAACCUGAUCCAGAGUCCUUAGAACCUCAGACUGGGCCAAAAGUUCACCUUCCAACAGGACAAUGUCCCUGAGAAGACAGACAAGACAACGCAACAGUGGGAUAAUGUUAAUGUCCUUAAAUGGCCCGGCUCGAGCCUGGACUUGAACCCAAUCAAACAUCUCUGACAUGUCCUGAAAACUGCUGUGCAUUGGUGGUCCCGAUCUAACUUGACAAAAGUUGAGAAUAUCCGUAGAGACGAACGACGGGAACUACCCAAAGCUUGUCGCAUCAUACCCCAAAAAACCUGAGGCUGUUAUCACAGUCAAAAGUGCUUCAACAAAGUACUUUGUUAUGCGCCUGAAUAGUAAUGUCAAUGUGAUAUUUAACCUUUUUCUGUUUAAUAUAUUUGCAAUAGUGUAAAAAAUCUGGUGUAAAAAAAUGGAGUUCAAAAAUUAAGUUUUUUGCCUUGCCAUUAUGGGCGUAUCGAGUGUAGAAUAUUGCGGGGAAAAAUAAACAAUUGUAGCAUAAACUGAAACAUAAAAUUGUUACAAUUUGAAGAGGAAUCAGAAUAGUUUCUGAAUGCACUGUAGAUACAUGGUUUCUAUAUUGUUUGCAAGACCAGGUAUAAACAAAGUAUCACGCUUGUUUGUGGAUUCCUGCCUUCUGCAAUGGUGUCUUAAGGCAGAUAUGGUACACAGCUCCUUUUUUGAAUGGAGCAUUGUUACUGUGUGAUACAGAGCUCCUUUGAAUGGAUUAUUGGUACAGAAUGGUACACAAUAUUUUGUUAAAGGACCACUAUAGUGCCAGGAAAACAUACUCGUUUUCCUGGCACUAUAGUGCCCUGAGAGUGCCCCCACCCUCAGGGACCCCCUCCCGCUGGGCUCUAGGGGGAGGAAGGGGUUAAACUUACCUCUUUCUCCAGCGCCGGGCGGGGAGCUCUCCUCCUCCUCUCCUCCUCUUCGACUGAAUGCGCAUGCGCGGCAGGAGCUGCGUGCGCAUUCAGCCAGUCCAUAGGAAAGCAUUCUCAAUGCUUUCCUAUGGAUGCUGGCGUCUUCUCACUGUGAUUUUCACAGUGAGAAGCGCGGCAGCCCUCUAGCGGCUGUCAAUGAGACAGCCACUGGAGGCUGGAUUAACCCUUAUAUAAACAUAGCAGUUUCUCUGAAACUGCUAUGUUUAUAAAAAAAAAAAGGGUUAACCCUAGCUGGAACUGGCACCCAGACCACUUCAUUAAGCUGAAGUGGUCAGGGUGCCUAUAGUGGUCCUUUAAUGAGGGAGAUAUUUCCAAGGGGUUUUAAGACUCCAUUACAUUCUCCAACUAAUAACUAGCACCAUCUUGGUCCACCCAAUUCCAUUUGGAUGAUAUUCCACAGAAGGUUCAGUAAGUAGCUCUUCAAAACUCUAUAGCAUUCCAAUGGUUAGUUCAGGGCCUCUUUACUCUUGUAUGAAGGAACUUGCUUAAAUAGAGAGGGUUAAUUUUGGUAUGUUAUUUUAUUAUCCCCCCACCCUCCCUUUGCACUUUAAAUGAGCUGGCGGUAAGAACAUCGUGGUAUUAAAGGCUUUGGAUAUAAAUGACAGUUUAAUUACAAAUAUAAAAAUGGGCUCUGCCUGCAGCUGUACAAGGCAGAAACAGGGCUUAAUUAAAGAAAUAGAAUUUACUACGGAUGUUUUUAAUUAAAUUCCCGAUAUGACAUAUUCCAUCUCGUCUGCAGAAAAACCCGCAAAGCGGGAAUACAUUAAUAUACAGCCUGGGUUUUAUUCCUAGGACGUCGUCUCAAAAGAGAAUAAAAUUACUAAUGCAAACUGUAUCAUUCUAUCUAUACAAAACAGUCUUCCCUGACUACAGCCUAGCCAUCUAGGUUCUACCCUCAAAAUUGAUAGCUAAAUCCAAAGAAAUCCCUGAUUCAGCUAUUUCAUCCUCAAGUUUUCAUUUCCCAUUUCAACUUUCCAUAUUUUCUUUUUUAGUGACCAACUGUAUAUAUGCUCAUAUAAAUAAUGAUAGACUAGUGGUUAAAGGGAUACUACAGAUCCCUAACACACUUUAGCUCACCGUUAAGUUUUAUAUUUGAAGAGUUUACUCUUUAUUUAUUUUUUGCAAAAAAGUGCAGAUUUCAAUAGAAAUUGGCAAAUGUAUAUAUUAACCUGGUUCUCCUGGUUUGGUUAACUCAGUGGAGCUAAACUCAGGAGGAAGCAAUGGUUCAGAGAACAAGUUGCUAAGACUUCUUAUUUAUCUGCAUAAAGAAGUCUGUGAUUUGACAGCCACUGGAUGCCACUCCCCUGCAUUCACUACUUCCUAGGAGAGACCAAAGCUGUCUAUCUGAGCCCAGUGUUGCUUGCGGUCAAUGAGCUAGCCCUGCAUUGCAGAUCAUUAUCUCAGGAGAGCUAUUGGAAGCUCCAGAUCAUCCAAUUUUUAAUAGGAAGUAGUGCAGAUGGGCAGCAGGGCCCUGGCCAGAAGUCAAACUGUUGUAAACAAUUUGACGCCUUACAUUGAGGGGUUGCUAGGGCACUCCAGGUACAAAAACCAUUACGAGCAUUGGUGCUAAUGGUGAAUGGAGUGUUCUUUUCAUUUUGGAUUAGAAGUCAAUACUUCCUAUAGGGCAGGCUUCACCAAACUCCGGCCCUCCAGAUGUUGCUGAAGUACAACUCCCAUGAUUCUCAGCCUAUUUCAUUCACAGAAUCAUGGGAGUUGUAGUUCAGCAACAUCUGGAGGGCCGGAGUUCGGGGAAGCCUGCUUCAGGGGAUUACUUGUUGAUACAAAUGCUAUUAAUUGGCCUUGUUUAUAAUUGACACAUUGGAAAACAAAUUAAAACAACAACACCAAUACUGAUCUGUACGUGUGCAUUUCUUGCAGGUUUUGAGUUUUUCGAAGCUAGCGCAAAGGAGAACAUCCAGGUUAAACAAGUUUUUGAGCGUCUGGUGGACAUAAUCUGCGACAAGAUGUCAGAGAGCCUGGACGCUGAGAACUCAGCAGUCAGUGGGGGUAAAAACAUGCGAUUUACGGAUUCCACUGCCCCCACCCAACAAAAAUGUACAUGCUGACCUCAUUGUAAAUCGCUGUGGGCUAUACAUUACCAGUCUCACGCCAAGCUACGUCACUUCUUUUUGUGGUUGUGUUUUGGGUUUUUUUAAGUCAUAAAUUUGGCAAUAAGCAGUCAAUCCUGUGGUUAAACUAUAAAAAAAAACAACUAAUAAAUACAUUUGCAUCGUCUGUUCUAAUUCUAAGUGCAGGACUUUGUAUACAUCUGGUUUCUUAUGAGGUCAACUUGACCAUUUGGAGCCAUUUUGGCAAAUAAAAUUCAUAAAUCAUGUGAUCACCUAAAGCUUAAUGCCCCUGCACUGGAAUAAAAUGGCCGUGUUGUGUCUGUUUACUAAAGCAGUAAUUGUGGGGAACGUAUCAUUUCAGGAAAUAAUGUCCGGAUUGGCUAAUUAGAGGGAGUUAAGAAUUCAUAUAUUUUGGCCUAACCUUUGUUAGUUUCCCUCAUUUCCUGGUUUAGAAAGGAACCCCCAUUUGUGUUAAUUGUGUUUUACUUGUGACCCAGGUUUAGUCUUGGUUUUAUGAAAUUGUGAAUUUUGUUCUUAUAAUCAAGUCUUAUAUAUAAAUAUAUAUGUUCAUAUUCUAUAUUCGAAUGUCACGGUAGAAAUGUAAAUAUAUAAAUAUAUGGAUGUAGUAAUGUUAUGGACAAUAAACGUGUUUGUUGAUAUAAAUAUACAUAGGUGACAUGUUUUCCAUUUGAAAAGUCGAUUUUAUAUAUUAACAUAUAAAACAAUAUUUGCC